AUUAGAAUCCUGCUGGCGGAAAGUAUCGAGUGUUCUAUACUGUAUAGCUCCCCAUCAUGGGCGCUUGUCUGGGAGUGUGCUCCUUGCUCAGCUGUGUAAGUAUCUUUGGAUUUCUUCGUAUUCCUAGUUGCAGUUACUGUCUGUGACUUGUUGCUAUUCUCCUGUUGGUGCUGAGCUGUUUCAUUGCUGUGUAGCUCAGAGGAGCUGUGUCAUGGUAGACCAGAUCACAUUUCUGUGUGUUUCACAAUUCGUCACAAGCAUCAAGUUCCCUGUGUUUGUGUAUGGGUGUGUUAAUUAUGCCACUUUUCCAUUGCUUGUAACGAAUUCAGAGUUGAUUUUGGUUUUGUGAAAGAAAUGCAGUAAAGAAAUUGGUAGAUUUAAUAUUGUAUAUGUCUUUAUUGUGUAAGAUCACACAAGUGUGUGUGUGUAUUGUGUAGCAUAUGAUUAUUUCCUCUAUUAAUAAUCAAGAAGUUAAACCUUAAUCAUUCAAGUGUUAGGUGUUUUGUAAGGUAUACACGAACACACGAAGUAAAUCCAGUCUCUCUCUACUUGAACAGUAAACUAACAUUUCUUGUUUUAAAUAGGAAAACAGAACAAAACCAAAACAUGCCUUUAAUGUGUGAUUAUUUUUGUAGGGGAAAAAAAGGUGAGCUUUAGCUUUUCACAGAGAAAUAGUAGAAAGUAGGAGAUUGAAGAUGAAUUCUAAGAUUGGAGUCUAUGCAACUUGUACUUUGUAAUUUGAAUGUGUUCUUGUAUACGACUAAACAUGGCCCCUGCCGUUUAUUUAUUGAAAUUCGACCUGAGGAGAAUUCAAAGUCAAUUGAAAAUUUUGGAAUUCACAGCAAAUUCCUGACAAUCAACAGUUUAGUGAAUAACCUUGUAAGAUUUAUGUUUACUAAAAUUUACAUCAAAUUGAAGUGAAUUGAAAAUCAAAUUGCUUUAAAAAGCUGUGACUAUAACAGGUGAUCUAGUUGUGAAAGGCACUGUUGUAUUAUAAACUAUAAUAGGUGAGUUGCAGAUGUUAUAUAUAUAUAUAUAUAUAUAUAUAUAUAUAUAUAUAUAUAUAUAUAUAUUUUUUAGCUCAACCAUUUUGACCUUUUUCAGUUUGAUUUUAAAUUUACCACAUUGCCUUGUUUACUGUGUUGUGUUUUAAGCUAAGGGCUUUGUUCACUAGACAGUGAAAAACUGAUUACAAGGCUGAAGUUGGUUUGAUAUUCGGAAUGAGCUCUGUUUAUAAUUUAAAUUGAACGGAUAUGUUUGAGUGCAAUACAAGCCAAAUUUCAAAAAUGACAACAUGGGAGAGUAAGGGGGAACUCCAUGCAUAAAAUUAUUUAAUAUCAUAAUGGGUGUUUUAAUUAUUUAGGCAGUGAACCCUGGUCAAACCUUAGAAUGAAUGAACCAAAAUAAAUUUUGAACAAGUAACUGUUUUCAAAGGGUUAUCCAUUUCAACACGUACUUCCAAUUAUCUGCCUUGGCGUAGAUUUGUUAAUUCUCUCGCUAUUUCACCUGAAAUCAGUUUGAUAGAUUCACCCCUAUAAAAAUACACUACCAUUCAAAUGUAGAGGUGACUUUAUUAAACCUUUUAAACUCUAAAUACAAUAGAUUAUUUUAUGCUUAAACAUAUCAAACUACCUGUUUUAACAAAGAUAACUGCAUGCUUUAACACAGGUAUAGGAACACAUGCUCAAGCAAUUGAAGAUGGCAAAAAAAAAAAAAAAGGUGAAGACGUCACUACAGAAAUCUUCAAAGAGGGGCAGAAAUUAUAAUUAGCCCAAUUAGGCAAUCCUUACAAAUAUAUAUAUAUAUAUAUAUAUAUAUAUAUAUAUAUAUAUAUAUAUAUAUAUAUAUAUUUUUUUUUAAAUGAAUGGCCCAAUGGAAAUAACCCUUUUGAAAACAUCAGUUACCUAUUCAGAAUGCUGAAAAACAGCACUAUGGCACUGCACUGUUAUUUAUCCCAAAAUCACCAUUCAUCCCAUAGAGAGCAAAAGGACGGGAUAUGUGCAAUUCACUACUUAAGGAGCAAAUUUUCUUUUUCCAGAAUGUAUUAAUUUGGUCUGCAAUUUAGUUGAGUCGGUUAUGUGAAUAUAUGAGUUUAGAGACCUAAAAGCUUAAAUUCAAUUUAACCAAAUAUCUACUAAAUUUAGCAAACGUUUGAUCAAACUUGGUGGAAAUAACCAAAAUUACAGUUAGUGAAUAGCUGUAUUGGUCAAUUUCAUGUCUCGUUCGUGUAAUCCCCAUUUGGCUGCAAUUUAGAUGAUAUUCAUACCUUAGUCAAUUUAAAGGUAAAAUGAUAAAAUACAACCUGUCCGUGAGUAAUGAGAGGGGUCUGCUCUGAGCACCCAACAUUAAUUGAGGUGGACCGAAGUUGAAUGUAUCAUCUUUGAAUUUAUUUUGUAUUCAUUUCCAUUACUGUAUCAUUGCCAUGUAACAUCAACUUCUUGUUUUUGAGAGUUGUUCUGAGAAAACUUGAAAUAUCUAGCAAUAAAAAGUUUGACACCUGUGAUAGAGCUCCGAUACCCCAACUGAGUAUUUUCGCCAAGUAUUCCCUCUCUCCAGAAUAGUAAGAGUAGCUAGAUUCCAAAACAUCCGCCAAAGGCUUGAUGAAAGGUAAAGCAGAUACCAUUUUUAUUCAGCAUUUUCUGGGUCAUCAAGGCACACAAUGUAAUCCCACUCUGACGCCUUGGUGUUUGGGGACAUAAUUUAAUCAGCAGCUUAAUAAUUUUAAUCAAUUACCAGACAAAUUCCCCCAAAGCAAGCGUUCCCUGCAUGAUAUCCCCACGUCAUACAUGCCAGAGAGCUCUGUUUCCAAGGGGCAAACUAUAAACCCCCCCCACCCCCAAAAAACGCUCAGAUCGGAAGUGUCUUGCCCCAGCAAUCACUGGAUGAAAUUUGACCCGACCAUGACCAUUCUCCAAUCUGGCAGAGAGUUCCACGAUGUUUAGUGGUAAGUCCUGGUCGCUGAUAUGGGCUGCCUGUGGCUCUAGAGAACGGAGCUCCUACAAAUCCUGGAUGCAGUUUGAUCUUUCAUAACCUCCCUGAUUUCGUCCUCCAAAUAGUGCCAUGUUUGAUAGUGGGACCGAGCAAUACCCAAGUGAAUUUUCACCGGUCCAUAGUAUAUCGCAGAUCCGUUGCACAGUCCCAUGGUGUUUCUUGGUAACUUCUAAUUGGCUGCUCUGUGUGAGCCUAGAUAGCAUCCUGGGUCUUUUGGAUGGUAGCCUGUGGGCUUUUUACACCUCCAUAUUUCCUGCAUGGCAGAGGUACAGGGUUGAGUGGUUGAAUUAAUUUUAGGCCUUUAGGGAGAGAUUGACUCCCGCACAAGUCUAAAGAAUAACCAGGCUUGUCCAUCACAACACCAUAUUGCAUUUCCAUUUAUAGUGUUUUAAUACCAAAGAAGUAGAAUACAGUUUCAUAUCAGAAUAGUUUCUGGCACUCAUCCCAUAGCAAAAGCAUUAAUUCAGCAAUGACCAGGUGCCUCUCUGUGCAAAAUAUACAAAUGGAACAAAUUGAGAGCACUCAUUGGAUUUAGUAAACAAAAAAAUAUAUUAAAUCAAACGCAUAUAAAUCAACGUUUCGACCGUCUAGCGGUCUUUAUCAAGAUGCUAUGACAUGUGAAAAUCUCAAAUAUAUACAAUCUAAUGUGUUAAACUUACCCAAUCACCAAGUGCACCCUGUUUGUCCGGUCUGCUCUGUGAAUAGAGCCGCAAACAGAGGACUGUCAAGCAUACUGCCGAAAAGUGACAUAAAGCACAGCCACCAAGUGUUGCCUAAAUACGGCAAAGUUGUUUUAAAAGAGAAAAAAAUCAGAGUAAAAUUAAAAGCAUGUAUGGAGGAGAAAGAAAUAAAGUCUGAUUACAUGGUCUUAAAUGUAUAUGAGUGUGGAAUGUUAAAGACAGCAGUAUGAAUGAAAACGGGUUAGCCAAAGGAUAACCAGAACAGGUUAAUGUGUGUAUGCAUGCUGAAUAAAGAGAAGAAAAAAAAAUAAAAAUAAAAAAAUGAGACAAAUGAAAAAAAGCUCAGUGAAUGUGUGGAGAAUUGCAAAGAAGUUAAAUGUGUGAGAUGUACGAUAGUGUAUGAAAUGGAAAAAAGAAGAACUGUAUCAAAAAAGUCUAUGUGAUCUGAAUAGACUAAAUAUGUAACAAAAAAUGCGUGCUGCUGGAGAUGUAUGUGAAACGGAAAAAUGAAAUGUGUGGUGAACUGAUAAGAGAGUAGUAAGCUGAGGUAAAGAUGGUCUACAAAAUGCUAUGUGAACAGAAUGAGGAAAAUGAUAGUGAUGCAACCCCCAUACGAAAAUAUUAUACAAUGUGUAACCAGUGUAACGAAAACCAAAUGUUACUCAACAAACUAAUAUGUAUAAAUAUGCUGGAUCAUGAAGACUCAUAGUGGAAAGACUGUGUUGUGAGGUAGAAAAAUGUACUGGUCUAAGACAGGUGUAGUGUGUUGUGAAAGCUAAAAACUGUAGCUAUAAUACAUAUGAAAAAUAAAAAUACAACGAAAAAUUAUAAUGUAUGCAGGUGAAAAAAGGAUGUAAUGACUAAAUAAGCAUGUUAUAGUAAAUGAUGUAGGUCCAGAAUGACCUAAAUGAUCUAAUAAGCAGAACAAAAAAAAGGUGAUUGUGACAACACAAGUGUCAUGUUAACAUGCAGUGUUAAACCAAAGUGAAGAUGUAAAAUGAACCAGACUGCUGCCGAAAUCACAAACCACCGCCUCAAUAUAAACGAGUAUGGAAUCACAAUCUAUAGACACAAAUAAAGAUUUUAUCCAAAUUAUACACGACCAUCAUGCGAGCUAACAUCCCGUGAGUGAAUCUAAUUCAUCUAGAAACUAUGAGUCCCACAGUAUACAUUAUCAGCGAAUGUUCAAAAAACAGCCAAAGGAAUUAUAUUCAUUAAGUCCUUUCGGUUGAACUGUGUCCAAAUGUUUAAUCCAGAAAGUCUCUCUCUGUAAUAAUAGCUUCGAUCUAUCGCCCCCUCUGAUCAGCGGUGGAAUAUGAUCUAUCACAAUAAAUUUCAAGGUGGGUAAGUGAUGUUGAAGUUCAAGGAAAUGCUUCGCCACAGGCUUGUCGGUUUUUCCAUCCCGAUAUGCUGUCAUGAAUCCUGAUCUGUGGCCUCGGAUACGAUCUCUCACUGUUAGAUCCGUCUUUCCUACAUAAUAUUUGCCACAAGGGCAUGAAAUGAGAUACACCACAUGAUCACUUAUACAGGUUAGACGAUGUUUUAUCUGGAUUCUUUUACCUGUAUGUGGGUGUGCGAAAGAGGAUCCUGUCAGCAUGUACCCACAGGUGACACAACCUGAGCACUUGAAGCAACCUUUCUUUACAUUGUGUGUCUGGAAAUUAUAACAACUAGGAGUGUCAGUUUUUACCAAGAUGUCCUUCAAAUUUCUAUUGCGUGAAAAUGCAAUUCGUGGUUUUUGUGAAAAGACCUGAUUAAGUGUCCUAUCUGCAGAAAGGAUGUCCCAUCUUUUUUUUUGAUCCUUUGAGAAAACCUCUGGCUUUCUGAAUGAAAUAAUAAAGGAAUCGUGAUCUUUGGGAUACUUUGUAACUGUUUAGUUGAUGUUCCUUUAAAAAUAUUUUCAGCCUUUAACCGGCAACUCUGUAACACGUUGUGUUUGUAUCCCCGUUCCAAAAAAGAUCUGGUCAUAUCUUCUAGUUGAAUCCUGCAGGUGUUGUCAUAUGAGUUAUUUCUAAAUACCCUGAGAUAUUGAGAGAUGGGUAAUGAAUCUUUCAAGGCCUUAGGAUGAGAACGCAAAAGUUCGCAUGCAAAAGUGUAUUGCGAUCCGAUGGCUUUCUGUAUAACCGAUAUCCAAUGUUCGGGCCAUUCCGGUAUAUCUCAACAUCCAAAAACUGGAUUUUGUCUGUACUAUAAGUCAGACUUAGUUUGAUAGUGGAAUCCAGAUUAUUCAAUUCAUCAAUCAUGGUCUCCAGUUCUACUACCGUGCCUUUCCACAAUAUGAAAAUGUCGUCCACAAACCUGUGAUACUGUAUCAAGUAUUUCUUGUAUUUAGGUAAAAUAUGCAUAUUUUCAUAUGCGUACAUGAAACUAUUGGCAUAUGUUGGAGCUAUUGCAGAUCCCAUCGCUGUCCCCGUCUCUUGAAUAUAAAAACUUUUUUCAAAACGAAAAUAAUUAUUGGACAGUGUGAGUUGUAGACCUUCCAACAAAAAUUCAAUGGGAGGUCCUUCAUAGAUGUCUGACUGUGAAAGAAGUGUUCGCAUUGCUUCUAUGCCCAUGGCAUGUGGGAUCACAGUAUACAAAUUCUUGACAUCUGCUGUAGCAAAAAUAUACUGGGUGUCGAUUGGCUCACAAUUUGUAAUUUUGUUAAGGAAAUCUUGAGUGUCCCUUAAACAUGUGUUUAAUCUGGUAACUGUAGGUUUGCAGAAGAAAUCUACAUAUUUGGCUACCGGUUCCAACAAUCCUCCACGAGUGGAUACAAUCGGUCUCCCAGGUGGCUUUUUUGCAUCCUUGUGUAUCUUAGGUAGUGUAUAUAAGAUCGGGAUUUUGGGGUGUGUGUUGAGUAGAAAUUCCGCUGUACUGUAAUCCAGCCACUUCGCUGUUAAUCCUAAUUUUAUCCACUACUGUAUUUUACUACUGAUCUUAGUUGUGGGAUCAAAUGUUAAUUUUCUGUAUGUCUUGGUGUCAGACAAUUGUGUAAGAAUUUCUUGCUUAUAGUCUGUAUAAUCUUGCAAGACAACCGCUCCCCCUUUAUCCGCCGCUCGAAUUACAAGUUGAUCAUCACCACUUAGAUCUUUAAGGGCGAUCCUCUCAACCCGGGUUAAGUUGUCUGGUUUCUUCUGUUGUUGAGUAAGUAUUGUAUCCAUAUCUGUUUUCAAGAUGGUGGAAAAUGUUUUGAUAGAAUGAUGUGUAUUUUUGGGUUCCCAUGUACUCUUCAAUUUGAAUUGUGAAGCCGGUCUUGGUGUCGCUGUGUUAUGUAAAGCUUGCAUGCUCAGAGUUCUAUUCAUCUUGAAAAGUUCGAUGUCAAUUUUGAAUUCAUCUGGUUUAGAGGCAGGAACAAAUGUGAGUCCUUUGGAUAGAACUUGAUUGUGAGCACUUGUCAGGAUUUUGGAUGAUAAAUUAAAAAUGGGAUUCAUUUCCUCUUGGUUGGUGGUUUUGACCUUGUAUUUAUAAACCUUGUUCCUUUGUCCUCUUCUAAUGACUCUGCAUCUUUUGAACCUCGUCUUGGGCGUGUCCAUACAUUACUGAGGAAUACUUCCCCUGACAAGGUUGUGACUGACUUCUUAUACAAGGUUUUAAUUAGACUUUUUUUUUUUUGCUGCAUUUAUCAGGAAUAGACUCUUUUGGACUUAAUCUUUGAACUCUUGAUUAUUAUUCAUUAUCCAUAUUUCAAGCUCUUUUUGGUUUUUUAUCUUGUAUGUAUUUUCUCUUAUAUAGUGUCUUGUAUAUGUGCUUGUAUAGUUUAUAAUCAGGUUUAUUUAUAUUUUAAUUCACCUGUGGCGCCACCUCCCCUUUCACCUUUUUUAGUUUUGUUUACUCUGUAGGGCCUGUGAGGGAGCCCUAUUUUCAGGUGUGCUGCCUUACAUUUAUCUCUGUAAGAUCUAGUAUAUUAGCGCUGAUCCUUUGUACACAUAUAUAUAUAUUUGUGUGUGCAUACACACACGCACUCUCUUUCCUUCCCUUCCCUCCCUCUCUGUAGGUAUAUACUGUAUAUGACAAAAUAUUUUACCUCUUGCUGGUACCUCCCAGCCUUUGCUCAUUGUGCACAUUCGCAGCAAGGAGGAAUGGCCACACUUUCCAGGGAAAAUCCGACAUUGGACCACAAAAGGUAAAAUAUUUUGUCUGAUGUAUUCUGAUAUAGGACCGCAAAGGGUUAAGUUUAGUUCAUCACCUCCAAAUGUGUUGAUUUAUUUUUUAUUUUUUUAGAAAUGGUUUUAGUAAGUAAACACUCUACCCACCUCCAUGAAGUUUGUGGCAUACCUUGUGUCAUUUGGGAGUGGCUGCCUGUGGAAUCCAUAUUAGUAGUCUUUAUCUCUAUGUAUUUGGAAUAACAAAAUGAAUAUAGUGAUGGGCUUAAAAAGACACUCCACUGCCAAGGACCGUUCAUCAACCUAAAGUGCUCUGGCACAUUUGCAUUAGGUGCCCCCAUCAGAUGGCAUCAGUGACAUCAGCGCUGGAAUUGGAUGCAUAAAGGCUUUUUUUAACCCUUUCUAAGUGAGAGGGAGAGAUGGAAAGAUCGCACUAUAGUUUUCAGGAAUACAGAUUUUUAUUCCUGACACUAUAGAUUACUUUUAAGGUUGUGUGGCGUGAACAUUGAUAGCACGAAACUGCACUUUCUGCUUUAUUAAGGCAGUCAAGGAGGUGUUUCUGGUUUAAAUAAAUAAGUAACCUGCUUCUUAACAUUUUCAAGGUUAUUCACCAAAAUGAGAAUUAAUGGAAAUUUAAAAUGAAUUUCAAGUUUAAGGCCAAACUUUAAAAAAAUCGCCAAAUCAGUUAUGCUUCUAGUUAGACAUUACAUUUUAAAAUCCUUUCAAAGUCCCUUUGAAUUCCCAAAUGGUCACUUUAGUGAAUAACGGGACAGCAAUCAGACUCUAAGCAGCAUAACCGCUUCUGCCUGUGUCCUUUUGAUCUCCUUAAAAGGACGCUUUAGGAACCCAAACCACUUAAUCGAAAUGAAGUGGUCUUGGUGCCAUGUCACUCUUGUUUCACCCUGCACUGUAAAACUUCGCCAUUCUGGAGGAACAUUGCGGGGUUUAAAUGCCUGUAGUGGCUGACAUACUGACUGGCACUUCUGCCGAUAUAGUAGAGUGAAACUCUAUUUUAAUCAGUCCCAUAGACACAAUCUGAUUUGGCAUAGCGUUUUGCUGUUCAUGUGCACUUGGCUUCCCAUUUUUUUUUUUUUACCCUUGGUGGGGGGGCCGACUUGGGCACUAUAACGUUAGGAAUACACAUUUGUGUUCCUUUAAGAAUAUAUGCUUUAACUUUACCGUAAAGUUAAAUGAUAUGUAAUUGCUCAGUGAGAUUUUUUUGAUUCAGUAUUCACAACCUGUCCAGUGCUGACUACACGAAUUGGUAAUAUAUUUUUGUACUGUGACACCAGGUCAUGUUUGUCUAGUCUAGCCCACCUAGAGGUUGCAUAAGUUAAAUAAGUGUCUUUUCUUGGCAGUGAACAUGUUACUAUACUUGCCCACACUACACAUAUGCGCAGUCAUUGGAUUGGCAGGGUUGAUUACAUUUCCUUGUGUGAUUAGUCCCAUUUUGUCUUAGCUGGCAGACCUGUAGGAUUAUAAUUUCCCAUUCCUCUUGUUAUUGUUUCAAUUACUUACUAUGUGAAAAUGUCCUUCAAUUCUAUCCUUGUAUUUGUAUAUAAAUCUGUGUGUAUUAAACAUAUAGACUCUAGAUACUGGAGUAUGAUUGUCGUAUGAUUGUCUUACACACUAGAGUUGAACAAGGUUAUUUUGAAUUGGCUUAAACAUUUUAUUGUCCACCAUGUAAUCAAAUGUGUUGCAAUGUUACUGAACACAGUUGUGAAUUUUGGGAUAGAUCAUUACUCAUUUUUAUUAUACAUUUCAUCAACAGAUAUUUGAGGUUUGUUGGAAAUUGUCCAUGAAAGAAAUAGUACACUAAUUGAGAGGUACUGCCAUUCUUUUUUUUUUUUAUGUUUAUAAUGAAACUGGCAUUAUCCAUGACAGUUGUAGGGAAUAGGUUUUUAUAACUGAAUCUGAUGCUUGUGUGUAAAAUAUUCUAAAAAUAAUCCAUUUUAAAAGUUGGCAACGUAGUGACUCUUGUGCCUUCCACCUAGUCCCAUUGUAAGGAGUAAAAACAUUUUAGAACAGUUGAAUUUCCUGCCUGGGUUCUGCUGGAUGCUGUCACCUGCCUCCAGUCUGAGCUAAGCCUGGCAGUGCAGGGCGUAGCUCAUUAGUUAAGAGCAAUCUGGUGAUACUCCGCCAAUGAUCUAGCUUUCACUGGGUUAGCACAGAAAAGCUAAUGGAAGCUACUGCUUCUGUUAAGAUUCAUCUAAUUUUCAGAAAUAGUGUAGGUGGGAUGUGGCAUGCGGCAGACUCCAUGUAAGAAGUUAUGCAUUCUAAAACAUUUUGACGACUUAAAAUUGAGAGAGUGGAGGGCAGGGGCACUCCUAGCACCAAAGCCACUACAGUGAACUGGAGUGGGAAUGGUGGCUGGAGUGUUCCUUAACCCCUUAGGGACCAAACUUCAGGAAUAAAAGGGAAUCAUGACACACAUGUCAUGUGUCCUUAAGGGGUUAAAAAGCAAAUAUAGUGCCUUUCAGUCCUUAUAUGUGCUCCUCUCAUAAUGCCAAACAUCAUGUCUCAAUCUAUAGAGAAUCAAAUGUAUAGGCAAAAUAUUUUAUUCAGCAUUGUGAAUGUAUGUGUGUAUGUAUGUGUGUGUGUGUGUGUGUAUGUAUAUAUAUGUAUAUAUAUAUAUAUAUAUAUAUAUAAUAUAUAUAUAUAUGUAUAUGUAGAGAUUGUACUAAAUAUUGAUUUGGGAUUCCUGUCCCACUACCAACACUUUACAUGAACACUCUCCCAGUGUUCAUGUGUACCAACACUUUAAAAUGCAUUCCUAUAUGCUUAUUCUAUCUAUAUACAAAGUACCAUGUGUAGACCUAUGCUUUCCCAUACUCGUAUGCAUUUAUAUUUGUGUAUAUGAGUCCAUGUGCAUGUAUGUAUAUGUGUUUAUGUAUAUGUAUAUAUACAUGUGUUUAUGCGUUCACAUAUACAUAUUUCUGUGUGUGUGCAUGUAUAAAGUGUAUCAUCCUGUGCACUGUCUGCUUGUUUGUUUUUCUUUUCCCUCUCUCCCCCCUACUCUUCUCUUCAACAAGAUAUUUAUGACCCUCUGCUAAGAUGGUGUCUAUUUUCUAACAAACCUGUGUCUUAUCUACACUCAUGUCGCUUUAACCCCUGUAUCACAACUCAACUUUGAAUUCUAUGUGUCGUUUUGCUCAGAAAUGCUUCAGACUUGAGAAAGGGAGGUUCUCCCGAAAGCUUGUCAUUAAAAAACUCUGUUAGUCCAAUAAAAAAGGUAUUACAAGAUAAGAAUUUUAUCUGUUUUUUACAUAUAUAUAUAUAUAUAUAUAUAUAUAUAUAUAUAUAUAUAUAUAUAUAUAUAUAUAUAUAUAUAUAUAUAUUGCUCAAAAAAUAAAGGGAACACAAAAAUAACACAUCCUAGAUCUGAAUGAAUUAAAUAUUCUUCUGAAAUACUUUGUUUUUUACAUAGUUGAAUGUGCUGACAACAAAAUCACACAAAAAUUAAAAAAUGGAAAUCAAAUUUUUCAACCCACGGAGGUCUGGAUUUGGAGUCACACUCAAAAUUAAAGUUGAAAAACAUACUACAGGCUGAUCCAACUUUGAUGUUAUGUCCUUAAAACAAGUCAAAAUGAGGCUCAGUAGUGUGUGUGGCCUCCACGUGCCUGUAUGACCUCCCUACAACGCCUGUGCAUGCUCCUGAUGAGGUGGCGGAUGGUCUCCUGAGGGAUCUCCUCCCAGACCUGGACUAAAGCAUCUUCCAACUCCUGGACAGUCUGUGGUGCAACGUGACGUUGGUGGAUGGAGCGAGACAUGAUGUCUCAGAUGUGCUCAAAUGGAUUCAGGUCUGGGGAAGGGGCGGGCCAGUCCAUAGCAUCAAUGCCUUCGUCUUGCAGGAACUGCUGACACACUCCAGCCUCAUGAGGUUUAGGAUUGUCUUGCAUUAGGAGGAACCCAGGGCCAACCGCACCAGCAUAUGGUCUCAAAAGGGGUCUGAGGAUCUCAUCUCGGUACCUAAGUCAGGCUACCUCUGGCAAGCACAUUGAGGGCUGUGCAGCCCCCAAAGAAAUGCCACCCCACACCAUUACUGACCCACUGCCAAACCGGUCAUGCUGGAGGAUGUUGCAGGCAGCAGAACGUUCUUCACGGCGUCUCCAGAUGCUGUCACGUCUGUCACAUGUGCUCAGUGUGAACCUGCUUUCAUCUGUGAAGAGCACAGGGCGCCAGUGGCGAAUUUGCCAAUCUUGGUGUUCUCUGGCAAAUCCCAAACAUCUUGUACAGUGUUGGGUUGUAAGCACAACACCCACCUGUGGACGUCGGGCCCUCAUACCACCCUCAUGGAGUCUGUUUCUGACCAUUUGAGCAGACAUAUGCACAUUUGUGGCCUGCUGGAGGUCAUUUUGCAGGGCUCUGGCAGUGCUCCUCCUGUACCUCCUUGCACAAAGGCGGAGGCAGAGGUCCUGCUGCUGAGUUGUUGCCCUCCUACGGCCUCCUCCACGUCUCCUGAUGUACUGGCCUGUCUCUUGGUAGCGCCUCAAUGCUCUGGACACUACACUGACAGACACCGCAAACCUUCUUACCACAGCUUGCAUUGAUGUGCCAUCCUGGAUGAGCUGCACUACCUGAGCCACUUGUGUGGGUUGUAGACUCCGUCUCAUGCUACCACUAGAGUGAAAGCACGACCAGCAUUCAAAAGUGACCAAAACAUCAGCCAGGAAGCAUAGGGACUGAGAAGUGGUCUGUGGUCACCACCUGCAGAACCACUCCUUUAUUGGGGGUAUCUUUCUAAUUGCAUAUAAUUUCCACCAGUUGUCUAUCCCAUUUGCACAACAACAUGCAAAAUUGAUUGUGACUCAGCGUUGCUUCCGAAGUGGACAGUUUGAUUUCACAUAAGUGUGAUUGACUUGGAGUUAUUUAUUUUAUUUAUAAAAUAUUUUACCAGGAAAGAUACAUUGCGAUUUCUCUUGUUUUCAAGUAUGUCCUGGGUCCACAAAUCAUUGCAUUGUUACAUUAGGGUACAAUAAAAUACAAAAACAAUAUUAAUACACAAUAAAUACAAAAUUUAACAUAGAACAGGUAGUAAAUAUAUAAUCAGCCAUGACAGGUGCAUUCUGUUUUGAGGUAUGUAAAGAGGGAUCUCUUAAAGGACUUUAGGCUUAGGGAAGAUUUUAAAUUGUGCGGAGGUCGUUCCACAAUUGCAUGUUACAUUAUGUUGUUUAAGUGUUCCCUUUUAUUUUUUUUGAGCAAUGUAUGUGUGUGUGUGUGUGUGUAUGUGUGUGUAUAUAUAUGUGUGUGUGUAUAUAAAAAAAAAAAUUUAUAUAUAUAUAUAUAUAUAUAUAUAUAUAUAUAUAUAUAUAUAUAUAUAUAUAUAUAUAAAUUUUUUUUUUUAUAUAUAAAAUAAAUGGAUUGUUUAGGAAAUGUAUUCAAAAUGUACCAGUUCCAGCCCGGUGAACUUGAGAAACUCAUUGUUUCUGGUGAGAUUUAAAUUAUCCUGGCAAUCUUAGAUAAAAGUUCAUAUCAGGAGGUGUCGGGAACACAGCUUAGUGGACGGAGCCCAAGAUGCAGAAAGCAAAGAACCAAGUUCGCAGUACCAAAGGAUUAGACAAAGAGAGUAGUCAGGGGAAACCAAAGGUCAGGACAAGCGACACAGGUUCAGAAGCGAUGAUACAGGCAAGGGUCAAAAUCAGGAACGUCUCUGAAGAUCUUUACACAAUUAAGAGCACAGUACAACUGUGUGCGACUUAAAUAGGGGAAAUGGUGGUCUUGUUAAGUGAGGUUCCACCCUGGUCUCCACCUCCUUUGUGUCGGCGCGUGCGUGCACCCUUUGGUUCUCCUGAAGUUCUACUUUCUGUGUGGUCACAUGUGAAAGCAGCGGUGUUAUCACGAACAGACUUCUGUUCUUGCUGUGUUUGUGAACCGGUGUCUGUACGAACGGAGUUCUGUUUGCAGUAUAGGUGAGUGGCGUUCAUAUGCAUGGAGUUCUUCCUUCUAUAUCAGGUAAGUGGCGUACAGAGGUGCUGUUCACAUGAACGUGAGCUAUCGGCGUGGGUGAUUAAACUGACCACGCUGCCUGGUGGGGUCUCGCUCUGACACAGCGUCCUGUAUGAAGUAAUUAUACAGGUUUUGCUGACUUUGUACUUCCUAACAUAGCAGUAAUAUUAAAAUAAAACAAAAAUUCCACCUCUGCUACUCCCCCCCGCAAAUAAAAAGCUAACCGAAAACAAACAAAAACACCGAUUAUGUUUAGUUUUCAAAAUGCAAGCAAAGUAGAAGAUCAUUUGUGUAAAUGUAUGCAUGUAAUACCUUGAGUAAUUCUGUGUUGUACUAUUAUUUGUUUGCCAUUAGGUACAAAACACUGUCUAAACAGUGUUACAACUUGGUGUUAGUAUGGGGUUUUAUCGGUAUUUGACUUAUACUACAUGUUAACACAACUGAUCAUUAAACACAACAAAACAGACACAUCUUGGUUAGAUCAUUUUUUUCCCCCAAAGUCAAAACAAGAUAUUUUUACGAGCUUGGCACAUCUUGGUCCAUCUUUCCCCGAUCCAUUCCCACAACAUAAUGCUACCACCACUACACUUCACUUUGGGGAGGGAUGGUCUUCUCAGGGUGAUAAAGUCGAUUUUGUGCUAGGACAAACACUGUUGUUACCCAGAUCACUAUCUCCAUAACAUGGCGUGAGUUCAGUGGCCCUGUCCUUGUCACUCUAGAGAAACUGCAAUGUUUACAUUGCAGGGCUGAAUCCACCUCCAGUGGCUGUCUUUCUGACAGGAAGUAGAGAUACUGCCAUUCCACUGACCAAGUAAUAUGCAGCCACAUGACCAAGAGCCCAUAGGAGAGCACUGACUACUUGAAUGAGCACGUGACAUGCUCUGCACAAGUGCUUUAGCUCCCCAGUGCACCUGUAUGAUGAGGAGGUGUAGAGGUGAGCAGCACCAGGGGAACUUCACCACUGGAAAAAAGAAAGCAAAAAAAAAAAAAAAAAAAAUUCUAAUGCUGUGGUGUUCCUUUAAAGUUUGGUUUCCCUAGAACAGCAAACCUCUUUUCCUUCUAAAUUGAUAUUUUUUUUAAAAUGUUUAAUUCUUUAUUUUUGGAUGACACGUAUCAUGGCAGGUACAAUGAGGCUUACGCAGAAGCCAAAAACUUAUGAGGCACAUCACUGUUUAUAAGGUACAUACAUAUUUUGAAGCAUGACAUUGUAUAUCAGUUUAGUGUCUUGGUGUCAUCCUUCAAUUUUUCAAAUAUAUUUUACUUGAAAAAGAAAUCCUUAAAAUUCAACUGAAACUUAUAACUUUCUGUGUUUUGUUACCACCUGACUAUUAGCCCUCGUCAACUUACAUACCCCCAUAACUCCGUUGCUGUCCCUCCCCUCCCCCAGUGGUCCAAAAGGGUGCCCCAGCCAGGGCUCCUUUAUGGGCGGGUAGCCGUUUACCCAACCAGUGUUUCCCUCUGUAGGACCCAGAGCCUGAGAUGCGGGCGUGUCCUAUCUAUACACGUCCGCAUCUCAGGCUCUGGGUCCUACAGAGGGAAACACUGGUUGGGUAAACGGCUACCCGCCCAUAAAGGAGCCCUGGCUGGGGCACCCUUUUGGACCACUGGGGAGGGGAGGGACAGCAACGAAGUUAUGGGGGUAUGUAAGUUGACUUGUCUCCCCUUUUGGAUGUGCUCCUGCGGUACCAGGUGCUGUUUCUACGGUGUGCUAAAUCAGGCGACCUGAUGUUAUUGGGGCCCAAUCCCUUGUUAGGCAUUUCUCUCUGCGGUCUAGACUAGGUGAGCCUGUGCGGUAAUGCGUUGCCAGUGUAGUUGUGGGGUGUUCUUGGGUAGAUCGUGCUUCACUGUUUGGCCAGGCGCCACUGAGUGUCAUGUGUAAGUUGGUAUGCAGGUACAGAUUAUCUAAAACUCAAUUUGUUUUUAUUUAUUUUUUAUUCUUAUUUUCUCCCAUUUUUGUAUAUUUUAUUCAUAUUAAAUUAUGCUUCAUACCUAAAUAUUUCAUGUUAAAUGAAAGUGCACAUAAAAUGUGUGGGUGCACAUAAUAUGAAAGAGGUGAAAUACGUCUGAACAGACAUAUAGUCAAAUUCAAGGUUUUGUUUACGUUUUGUUUUGAUCACAAUGUGUACAUUUGGCUCAGUCCUUAAGGGGUUAAGAAACACUCUACGCCAUGAUACUAUUAAUGUCUGUUUAUUUGAUGCUUGGUAUUGCUGUCGUGGCGUAUCCACCCUUUUUUGUUAUUACUUGCAUAACAAAAUAAAGAAUUAAAAAAAAAACGAAACACUCUAAAAACAAACUGUGUGGCCUUUUAGAAAGGCAUUAUUUAUUAUGUGAUCAUGCGAAAUGUUAAAGGAACAUUAUAUAGCGCUUGGAAUACAGAAGCCAUAAGGCUAUUGUCUGCCUCCAUGUGUGUUGAAAGGGUUACAAAAAAAAUCUUUUGCACUUACCCCUUUUCAGUACAAAGUCCCUUUGGCUCCGGGUUCUCCAGCGUUGACAAUGUGGAAAGCUAAUGCGCAGCAAGUGCCAUGUGCGCAGUAAGCUUUCCCCAUAGCAAAGCAUUGAAUGAAUUCUUUCCUAUGGGAAUUCUGAAGAUGCUGGACGACCUCAUGCAAAUCGUGAAGACAUCCAGCAUUGUUUCACUGUCAAACUCCUUGUUAAUGCAGGAAGUUCCUCUAGAGGCAGUCUUAGCACUGCAAUAUAAACAACUGCAAUGUUUUACAUUGCAGGGCUAAGGUGACUGUACCCAAACUAUUUCAAUGAGAUUAAGUGGUUUGGGUGCCUAUAGGGUCUCUUUACUUGCCCUCAGGUAAUUUUAGUUUAAUUUUGUGACUGUAAAAACAAUAGAUGGCACAUGACAAUUUUAGAGAUUUAAUGAAUCUUAAAUCUUAACCUUCUCAAGCAGGAAAGGACAUUUUUUUUUUUUUUUUUUAAGUUAUCAUUAUUAUUAGAACAUUAAAGGGACACGGUACGCACCCAGACCACUUCAGCUAAUUGGAGUAGUCUGAGUGCUGUGACCCUUUUGCACUUAAUGCAAUGUUAAAUUUUUUUUUUUUUACCCUUUUGCACUUCUGGAAUCCAAAGAGACUUUUGGUCCAUUAUCUGACGCUGGACCUGAUCGGUGCUGGAUUCAGUUAAGUGGCUGGAGGGGUUUUAACCUGACCUAUUAACCCUAUAGUGCCAGGAAAACAGCUUUGCUUUCCUGGCACUAUAGGAUCCCUUUAAUUUAUAUAUAUAUAUUGUUUAGCCUAUUUAAAAAAAAAAAAAAAAAAAGUUUUUUUUUGUUGUCCUGUAGAAGGGUUGGGGGAGCUUGUAACUGUUAUUGAACAUAACCUUUUUUUUUUUUUUCUUAACUUAUUAAUUUAUUUUAUGUUGCACUACUUGUGAACUAAGGAUUUUGGGAGUGCACACAAAUUAGCUGCAUUUUAUUACGUAUAGUGUUGUAUUACAAAGCAUUGUACAAUUCAGUGGGUGAUACCUCCUGAGGACAGCAUGUUUAUUUUAACUGAUUGUGUGUGCUUGGGAGGGACAUUUUUAAAUACAUAAUUCAGUGGUUACAUUUACAUACUUUUAAAAAACUUUUUUUUUUUUUUUUUUGCAAUUCCACAUUUUCCACAUUUUAUGUUCCCCGUUGGUCACUGCUAAUAAACACUGUCUUGUUCCAGGUGUAAAGCAAACAAACUGGGCUCCAAUGUAAUGAUAUAUUUUCUAUUUGUCCUUCUGUUCUGAAACAUAACACUGAAAUACAUGCAAACCUGUAUGUCCUUUGCAUCAUUUACUAGGCUAUUAUGUACUAGCUGUACAGAUGGUGUCCCUGCAACCUCUCUGCAUGUUUUGAAGUGUAGCAAUGUAUUUAAAAAUUAAAAGGAAUUGUUCAACUUUGCUUAGAGAGAAGUAAAAAUAAUGUGUAUUGUAAAAGCUAUGGUAAAUUUUCUUUGGUAAAUGAAAUGGCUCAUCUAGGUUCUUCCAUUCAGCUAUAGUUAACAGUAUAAAUUGCCCUCCACACCCCACCACCAAAGAGGAGUUUUAGUCAUGAUAUAGGUUGAUUGGAAUUGCUUAAUAUCUGGAUAGCAGCUGCUUGGAUUCUCUAAAUACAACCAGGGAUGUGGAAUUCCUAUCGCCCAACGCCUGGGACAUGUAGCUCUGGGCGGUGGGCAGGCAGUUCUAAUCUACUUUUUAUAUACCGUCAAGUGGCAGGGCUGCUAAUUCAUGCAAGAGUCUUUAUGUAGGGGCAGGACUGUCUGCCCCCUGAGUGGCUGGGGACUGGGUGGAGCAAUAUUGAGCUGAGACACUAGUGAGGUGAGUAGAGGUGGGGACACUAAUGGGGGGGGAGUGGCUGGGUAGGGGCAUAGACACUAAUGGGGGGGGUUGAGUAGGGGCAGGGACCCUAGUCAGGUAGAUUGGGGGGGCAGGCCUGGGAUAGGGGGAGUUAUUGGCAGGGACACUGAUAGGGGGAGUUAUUGGCAGGGAAACCAAUGGCAUGAGAAAGAGGCAAGGAUACUAAAGGGGUAGAUGAUACUAAAGGGAUGGAUUAAUAGUGUGCAUGAGAGGAAGAUAUGGGGUAGACCUACUAAAUAUUGCUCUAAUGUGUGGGCUAGUGGAAGAUGCACUCUUUGGAGGAAGAGUCAAACUGGACACAACCACCACCACCCACAUAUUACACACCUAUACUCCUAUACACACAUUACACUCAGCCUGCACGCACACACUUACUAUGGAGGGACAGAUGGUGACACUCAGGGUUUUCUCUAAACUUUUUAUUAAAAAAAACUGAGGCAAAAAGUUGUGACUAUUGCUGUGUUGGAGCAUUUUUUUUUUCUUCUCAGAUCGACUGUUUCCAUUUGGAUUAAAUUCUGAGUUUAGUGAAUACCCUUAUCUAUCCAGGGCUCUAAGCAGGUACCCCAAUCUAAAAUUAAUUUACAUGUCAGGAGAAGUGGAUUGCCAUAAUGGACAAGUAGAUUGAGCUACUGCUUUAGUCCCUUGGACAAGUAGAUGUUUUUUGUUUUUGUUUUUUUUAUUUCCACACCCUGUACAUUUUAUCUAGAUGUGCUCUAAUUAAACAUCUAGGAUAUGGAUUAUCUCCCCACAAUACUUUAUGCAAGAGAAGAUUUUUUUUUUAUAAUAUCCUUAGCAAUGUGUGAUUGUGCCAGUAUAAUCAUCUAGACGAAUUACAACCAAAUACAUAUCUGUUUACCACACCCAGAAACCAUGAUAAUUAAUAAUACAAGACCUGCUGAUUCAUUCAUAUAAGUACGUUUGGAUGUUCUAAAUAUUACCUUUUUUAUUCCACGGAAAUUGUUAGCACAGAGUUAAAGUGAACAUGUCAUGAUAUUUAUAUUUUUUAAUAAAAAAUACCAGCUAAAACAAUGAAAAAUUACUCUAGAUAUAUUAAAUAACUUGGGUGGGACAUAUAACACCCUAAAUAAACAAAGUAUCCAAUUCUAGCAUUGGUUCAUAACAUAUACUUCCCAAAAACUGCAACCGUUUCAGUUAAUACAGAAGCAGCAUGUAGCAGUCCAAAGUGAAAGUAGAUGUGAACACAAAGGGGGCUGAGCAACUAAAUGUCUUGGUGCUGUGCUGCAAUGUUAAACAUUGGAGUUCCAGAGAAUUGCAAUGUUUACUUUGCAGCUCUAAGUCUGCCCUCUGUGGCUGUCUAACAGUCACUAGAGAGCUUCCAGAAUCUAAACUGACUUUUAGUCUGUUAUCUGUUGCUGGACUUCCUCAUGGACCUCCAGCGUCAGCUUUUACCUAUAGGAAAGCAUUGAUUAACCCUUUGCGCAUGCGGCCGUUAGGUCUCCCCCGUUGGCCCACCCAGGGAGGAGUGUGGGGGGAGCCUGACCCAGCGCCGAGGGACAUCGGCGCUGGAUUCAGGUAAGUGGCUGAAGGGGUUUGUUUUCCUGGCACUACAGGAUCCUUUUAAUGAAGCAGUUUGGGUGUGUAGAUCACAUUCUCAGUUCUGUUAUUUAGAAGUUAAAUCACUUUUGUGUCUAUCUAAUCUGCUGUUGAAUGACCAGCAAAUUUUUAUCCCAGUCCUGCCUUGACUACUUACAUUGGAGGAUACCAGUGCACUCCUGGUACCAUAACCAUGACAGCACACUCUAGUGGUUUUGGUGCUUAGAUUGUUUCUUUGCAUAAGCACUUUCUUGUCCCUCUUCAGAACUACUUAUUUUAACGGAUACACAUCAGACUGCCUUUUUAUUAUACCUCACGCCUAUAUGGCCAUGUUAUCUGAGAUAUGUAUGUAUGUGUGUGUGUAUAUUUGUAUAUGUAUAUGUACAUCACUUGCUUUUGUCUCACUGUUUGUCAUGAUCAUCUAUUUACAUUAUUUGAUGACUUGUAUGCCGCUCUCUCCCUUGGUCUUUAACUUUCAUCCCCAUCCUGUGUCUGUGUGUGUUGUUACAUAGUAAUACAUGAUGAAAAGGCUCAAAUCCUUAAAUUUCAGCAUUUGUGUGUGUGUUUGUAAGUAAGUCUGUUGCUUUCUCCCACUGUUUGCCAGGAAUAAAUAUUUAUGCUCUUUGAUUAGUAGGCAACUCUCUCUUUCAUCAACCUCCCUCCCCCUUUUAAACCCGUCUGGAAGUUCAAUACAGUUCUCAUGUGAAAGCAGACUUGGCAUUUAAAAGAUAUCCAUAUAGCACUUCUGUUGGCAUAUAACCAGCCUGUUUGCCUGUGCAUUUCAAAUUUAAGGUCAAAACAGUUGAACCAGAAAAACUCUCUAAUUCAGCUAGGCUUCCAGUUCGGCUAGUAUGACCUUACAUUUGAAAGUCACUUUAAAUUCUCACGUUAGUUAAUUAAUUCACUUUCUUACAUUCUUUUCCAAUAUCGCCUUUUCCACGUUGCCAGGGCUGUCUUUAAAGGGGGGCAAAAGGGGCAGCUGCCCCGGGCCCAGUUAAUCAUGGGGGGCCCAAAGUAGCUGCUAAGUGGGACCCCUGCCGGCAUCCAAACCCUGUGUACUGCAGCACCUGAUGUAAUCAGGGGCCCUCAGCCCUUUAAGAGUGCUCUGGCCUGGGCCCCUUGUAUGUGCCAGUGUGUGUAUCUGUGUGUGUGCUAGUGUGUGUAUAUGCCAGUUUGUAUCUGUGUGUUAAGAUGUGUGCAUUUAUCAGUGUGUUUGUGUGUGUAUGUAUAUAUGUGUUAGUAUGUAUGUGUAUACAUCCAGGUAAUCAAACACACCGCUGCAAACACAAUCAUAACAUACAAACACACCCCUGAAUACAAACUCCAAAAUUGUAUACAAACACACCCUUCAUUCACCAAUACUACAAACAAAUGUACAUCUGCAUUUAAAAGACAACACUACAUCCAAACACACCCCUGCAUGUAAUUACAAACACACCUCUUCAUUAAAACAUUAAAAUUAUAUACAAACACCAACUCCAUAUACAAAAGCACAACUGCAUUUAAAAUCUAACACUACAUACAAACACCCCCCCCUGCAUUCAAACGCAAACACUACACACAAGUACACCACUGCAUUCCAAUGGUAAAAUUACAUACAAAUACACCCCUACAUGUACACAUAUACUCUAUACAAAAACAUGCUUACAUUCAAAUUCACAAUAUCUAUCUUUUCACCACUCUUGCACUUUAAGGGAGACCCAAAAAAAAUUCUUGCACCAAAGCCCUCUCUACAUUGGUUCCAUCAGUAGGUUGGGGUGGAGUCCGUGACUGCAUGCCAGGAUGCUGGGGGGAGGGAGAGGGCACGGUAAAGGGGGCCCAAGCAAAUGCUUGCCCAGGGUCCAAUUGAUAUUAAAGACUUCCCUACAUGUUGCACAGUGCUUGACUCUUUCUAGUACCCAUAGCAUUUUCCCCCUUUUCCGUGCCUCCCCCUGCCAUGGCUUCAUGUUCAUUAUCGAGAGCUUCCAGUUGUAUACUUCACGCUCCUCCACACAAUUGUAUCUCACCCUUUCAUAGAUUCAAUGGCUUGUGUCUUUAGGAGGUCAACAAACUAUGCCUCAAUCCUCCCUCCCUCCCUUUAAAUCCUUUGGGUAUCAUGGCUCACAGAAAGGCAUUCUGUGCAUUUUAAUAAAGAACUUCAUAGGGUAUUGCCUGCUCAUUUGUUUAGUAGAGGUUUGGUACAUCAGCUGUUAAUCUGUUACUUCUAUGAUUCUAAACUUACCAACAGAUGUAGUUUAGCAGUUGCAUUAUUUUUACAACCUGCUUACCAAACUUUUUCCCUGCACUAUUGAGCACUCUAUAACCUUCCCAUGCCUUCCAUCUAUGAUGUACAGAGAUAUCAUGUCACUCUCCUUUCCUCCUCUCUUUAACAGGCUUCCUGCCUUUGUGGUACUGCACCAUGUCUCCUUUGUGCCUGCUGCCCAUCUACAAAAAGCUCCACGGCAACACGACUGACAUUCUCCAUAUUUCUUCUCCUCGGAACCCUAGUGGCCUGUAUCAUGAUCAUCCCAGGAGUGGAAGCUGGACUUCAAAAGGUACCACCUAAACAAGUUAUUAAUUUGAUCCAUUGUAUUCUAAUAUGGCAGCAUUUUUGUUUAAUUUACUGAAUUAUAGAAAUCCCCAAACUCUUUUAUCUGCUUCCAACAUUAUGGAAGGCAAAGGUGUUCUAUUUAGGUUAACACAGUAAAGGAGGUUAAGCAUGCGUGGGAUAGGCAUAAGGCUAUCAUAGCUAUAAGAUAAGGCCAGGGACUAAUGAAAGUAUUGAGAAAAUUUGGCAGACUAGAUGGGCUGAAUGGUUCUUAUCUGCUGUUACAUUCUAUGUUUCUAUCAGUUAUACUGGUCAUUACUUUAAAGCCUCUUGUCUCUCUCUCCUUUAAAUAUUAACCAAAUAGUGGUUCAUGAUUAUAAUAUCAGGGCUGUGGAAUUUUUAUUGCCAGGUACCGGGGUGUGAAGUUCUGGGCAGUUGGCAGGAUUUUUUUAUUUUUAUUUACUGUUCUUUAAGACUGCCUUGGGUGGAUCAGUGCCAGACAGGGGGUGUAAGGUGGGUGCAGGACCAAAUUGGCUGCUGUAGGUAACUGCUGCUUACUGGUGGCUCACAGGGAGGUAUGCGGACAUGCAGCAGCCGCUAGUUGCUCUUCACAAUGCUCAAUACUAUAGAGCAAUGGGAUACAGUGUGAGGUCAUAUCCCAUCAUGUUCUGCAUAGCAGGUAGAGCCUGGUAUAGACUCCACACCCACUCCUGAACAAUGUAGAUGUCCAUACAGCUGCUGGUAAUUUAAAUACUCUAUUGAACUGUGCUGUGUGCUAGUGUCAGAGAAUAUGUAGUUUGUGUAUAUAGGUAAGUGAGUGCGUUAGUGGAUGUUUAUCAGUGUGCAGUGUGUCAGUGGAUGUGUUUCUGUAUCAGAACGUGUAUCAUAAUCACGAUCACAUAUGGCUCCACAGAAGAAAACGUUUUUUGCCUUUUAGGUACUAAAGUAUCUAACCUCAGCAUCUUGUUCUAUUUGGUACAUGGCACACAGCCAGCGCAUGCACUAACUACACACACGAUAUACAGCCAACACACAUAUACACAGACAUUUCUUGCAGCCAGCUUACAUUACAUACAGCAACCCACACACAGCAAAGACUCGCCAAAAUCACACUAUGACAGAGGGAGACGCUACUAUAGAUUGCAAGCUCGUUUGAGCAGGACUUCUUUUGUGCUUUGUAUGUAAAUUACUCGCCAGAUAUCCUCAUUUUAUCAUUGUAAAUGUGUUGGCGCUAUAUAAAUGAUGACUAUAAUCGUAGAGCAGACUGUGAGACACAUAACUCAGAAUUUUUGCAAAAUUGGGACAAAGUCAUAUUGUGACUAUAGCAGAGCUAGAAAAUUUUUCCAGAUCCGUUACUUUUGCUUCCAUUUAGAUUUAAUUUUUAAUAAGUUCAGCAAACUGCCCUCUUAAUGUCCAUAGCUCAUAUCUUUGUAAUUGGAAUUGGUGUCAGGACAAGUGGAUUGUCAUGAUGUACAAAUAGAUUGGGCUACCUUGGACAAGCAGAAUUUUUUUAAAAAUUCCAAACACCUGUAUGUGAACAAUUUACCCUUUCACCUUGCACUUUAGAGAAGAACAAUUCUGUCAACCAUAUAUGAACAUAACUGCAGUGGGACAUGCAACCUGUAUUUCUGUCCUAGUGUAUGUAACAUAAGAGAUUCAGUUUAACAUUGCUUUUUAUGUGUGUCACUCUGUCACCUAUUAUAAUAAUAUACAACAGCCAUAUCUCAAUAUUCUGUUGUUCUUAUUCUCCCAGAUACCAUGGUUCUGCUCCACUUCCACCACCAUUGCUGGUUCCGUGCAGUGUGAUUCUAUUGUUGGUCAUGAAGCUGUGUAUCGCAUGUGUUUUGCCCUGGCUGCAUUUUUCUUCCUUUUCAUGCUAAUAAUGAUUUGUGUACAGAGCAGCAGGGACCCACGAGCGUAUGUGCAGAAUGGGUGAGUGAUUACAAAACAGGGGACGAUAAUGUGCAUCUUUAGGGUUUAUCUAGUCUUUGUUACCAGCACUUGAACACACAUGGUUACCAGAACAACAAAAGUAGAUAUGAAUGGAAUUGUAUAAAUAUAAUACGAAAUGAGGAAAGUGGCUACAAAUCCUUAAACUUAACAAAGAAAAAGCUAUUAAAGUAAAUGGGACUUUUAACUUUAAUUUAUUUUUCCUCAAACUUCAUCAGCGUUGGGAUCUAGGCUUUGAAAUGUUUAAUGCUGCAUUCCAUUUUCUGCAGAUUCAAAACCCACAGAAAUUAUAUUUUCCAUUUCACCAACAGGGUGAUUUAACCAUGCAAAACAUAACAUAUUCACUUAACACCAAAUUUUGUCUGUAUGGACAAAAUUAUGAGAAUAUGACCAAAUUCUGACUGGAUUGGCAGCGCUCUACUCUCUAUUUAUAAAAGCCAAGUCAGUCUUCCUGACCAAAACUGCAACAAUUGGCUGGGUGUAUUCAGUGUCUAGUUUAAAAUCUGUGUUCUUUGCAUCGGAAUCCUGUGCAAAGCAUAAGGGUGGUUUUAACACCUGUAGGCAUUUUUUUUGUUCAGUCAGGUUAAAAUCUGGAUCCAAUCCAGGCUCUUUCAGACAUUGUUGAAUACAGUGUCUGCAGGUUGCAAUCUGGCCCUGGAAAGAAAUGUUUUUGUAAUCUCAUAUGCUUUGAUAAGUUAUGCUUCUUACUGACCCUUAUUAUUAAAGGAUCACUAUAGUGUCAGGAAAACAAACUAGUUUUCCUGACACUAUAUAAUCCUUAGGUCCCCCUUCGGCACGGCCCCCCUUUCACUGAAACUGCUAUGUUUACAUCUGAAGGGUUAAAACUUGUGGGACCUGGCACCCACACCACUUCAUUGAGCUGAAGUGGUCUGGGUGGCCCUUUUAAUAUGCAAACCACUCUGAUACCUAUAAGUAUUUAUCAACUGCUUACCUUUAAAAAGAUAUACUCUUGUAUGUCUACAUAUAGCAGUGUGUGUGUUUUAUAUGUGAAUAUAUAUUCAUCCAUUUCUAAAGUGCUCUGUACAUCUAUAAAAAAUACCAUUCUUUUGCAAAUACCCUUCAUGCUUUUUGUAAAUUCUUGAUGGUAGUCCCUUUUCCUACUCACUGACCUGUCUGUAUUAUACAACUUUUCAUUUAUGGCAAUAGAUAACAUUUCUUACCUUCUCUUCUAGGUUUUGGUUUUUCAAGUUCCUUAUACUAGUUGGGAUCACAGUUGGAGCAUUUUUCAUUCCUCAUGGCACUUUCACAACUGGUAACACAACAUAAUUUAUUUUAACAACCCUUCCCCCUCUGCAAAUUGUUUGUAUAGACAUUCUUUUUUCUUAUGGUUCCCCAAAUCAAAUAGUAGUUUUCUGUCACCCACAUCCACUGCUCAUAAAAUAGUAUGCAUAAUACUCUGCUGUUAACUGGUGUAGACUUUGCAUUUUAAGACUUUUUUCUAGAAGGUGUAUAGGCGACAGGAGAAACUUAUUUAAUUUUUUUUUUUUUGCUUUAAUUAUUCCAAGUAUGCAUGACAUUAUCUAUAAAAAGUGGGCUGAAAGUACAAGAAGAAAUAAUAAUGACCUUAGAGGGAGGUAAAUGUAUAGGUUAUGAGAAUUCUAGCAGAGUUUGAUAUCUCUCCAUCCCCACCUCUAUUCUAUUUUUUCUUACACCUCCAUUCUUCCUUUCUCUAUCCUACCGUUUUUUUUUCCUCACCCUCUUUUUUCCCCUCUUACCCCUUAUUGUUUUCCUCUAGCCCCCCUGCAUUUUUCCUUGGCCCCUCUUUCUCUUCUCUCUCCCGCUUCUUUUUUUCCUCUUCCCCCUUUUCUCCCCCUCUUAGUUUUCCUCUCUUCCCACAUCCCUUUUCCUCUCACCCACCUCUCCACCCCCUUCUGUUUUCUCACUAACCAUUUUGGCUGCCUGUCAUUUUACCCAAAAUUCCGAAACGCUAUCUUUCUUUCUACAUUGGUAUCAUUCUGUAUCUUCUGAUUUUGACUAGCAUCUUUUUUUUUUCUUACAGUGUGGUACUAUUUUGGCAUGGUUGGAGGGUUUAUAUUUAUUAUUAUCCAACUCAUCCUCAUCAUUGACCUUGCCCACUCCUGGAGCCAGUCCUGGCUUAAUUUGGCAGAAGAUGGUAACACCAAGUGCUGGUAUGCAGGUAUGAUUUGCUAGUCAAGGAGUGAUCCAGAGGCUAUGGCAUGCCUGGGCCAUAUUAAACCAUAUAUCAUUGAAGAAAUCCUGGGCCAAAGUGCUAAAUGGGGAUCGCUCAUAAUCCAGCAAUGGGCAUGUCUGCUGAUUGCUCUAAUUAUAAGACUUUGCUCCAAAAUUGCUUCUUGUCUCUAUUAACAGUGCAUUGCAUUUAUUUUCUUUGUGUUUCUAGCACUACUGAUUUGCACAUUCCUUUUGUAUGCGGCCUCUAUCACAGCCAUUGUGUUCCUGUACAUUUAUUACACCAAACCAGAUAACUGUACUCCCAACAAGGUCUUCAUCAGUCUCAAUCUGAUCUUCUGCGUCAUAGUCUCCAUAGUGUCAAUACUACCAAAGGUCCAGGUAAAUAAAAUGUCACUUUAUUCUAUCCCGUGUCUGGCUUUUUGUAGGCUAUUUCCUACCCUCUGCAGCUCUCGCUCGCUUCUGUUUAUUACACUCCCCUCAACCUAUCCCUAAUCAGUUUAUCAAUUGUGUCUUAAGUUACAAAUGUUAAAUUCCAUUAAAUUCAUUUUUAAUUUUUUUUUUUUUUACAUUCCUUAUUUUGUAGUGCAGAGAUUAACAUACAGACACAUAGUAGCAUGUCCGCACACGACAAGCAAAGUUUUGAAAAUGGAACAUAACAUUUUACAAAUGUUGCACUUUUUUUUUUUUUUUUAAAUAAAAGAAAAUGCUAAAGGAAAUGCUGUAUACUUCAGGCUAGGCACACAUGUUGAAAAUGCUGUACCACUCUGAUAUAAUUAGGCUAAGAAGAUUAUCUAGACAUAUAGAGUUUAUGUAGCUGUAAUAAAACAUGGUUUAAAAACAUUAGAAAGUCUCUUUUUAAAGCAUACCCCGUGUCGGGGGAUGGUCCACCUUCCCUGGUCACCAGGUCGGAAGUCAAGCUAGGCUGCAUAGUUGUAUGGUGUGAAUUCUUGGUGUAACAGUGUCGUACAUCCUUGUGUUCCCACUCGGUGAAGUGUCAGCCCACCAUUCAUUUAAAGCUGCAUCCGAUGCGGUUGUGGGCACUAAAAGAUUAAUUUAAGCUCAAAUGUGCAGGAGCUGUUAAGGAACACAUCCACCCAUCUUGUCUGUCAGGCCCUGCCCUAUAUUGUUCAUUAUUGCUUCUAUCACUGGUUUUCAAUAUAUGGUGCAUAUUUGGGCACUAGUUUAAAAAAAUAAAAAUAAAUUAAAGGGUUAACCCAAACACGUGACCACUUCAGUGUUUCACUGUGGCAUUCUGCAUAUAUGGAAUUUAUAUGGGGCAUCGUCAGCCAGGUAGAAACUGGCUAAAAUCAAUGAUGUGCAUAUUUCCAUGCACAGAUGCUCAUUUAUUGGCGAUCAGUUGACGCUCUCAUUAAAUGAAUGCGUGGCAGAAUUGGUAUCUCUGGAUGAAGGAACCUUGACUCCCAGUUGGGUUAUGUCUCAUUACCAGGGAAUAGCGCCGGUGUACUUAUUCCACUAUGACCACUACAACGGCCUGUAAUGGUUUUGAUUGUUGAAGUAACCUGUUAAGAAAUUAAAGUACAGAGGUGAACUACAAAAUGAGUAAGAGGAAUAGAAAAUGAAGAAAAGCUAGAAUAGCUACAUCUGUAUAAUUUAAAAAUAAGGCAUCUGAGGGAAAUAGCCAUUAUAUAAAUGUACAGAGUCUGUACAAAAUAUCUCUGACCAAAAAGAAGGUUAAAAAAACAUUCUGAUGUUGUUUCCAUCUGUGCAACAAAAAAGGGGAAAAAAAUACCAAGCACAGAAACAGAUUUAUGGUUUAUUUUAUCCCAGAUUAAAAAAAAAAACUCUAUAGCCUUAGGAAUACAAACCUGUAGUGUCCUAGUGUUUAAUUAGUUUAAAGGACCACUAUAGUGCCAGGAAAACAUACUCGUGCCCCCACCCUCAGGGUCCCCCUCCCGCCCGGCUCUGAAAGGGGUAAAAACUUACCUUUUUCCAGCGCUGGGCGGAGAGCUCUCCUCCUCCUCUCCGCCUCUGUUACGCCCCGCCGGCUGAAUGCGCACGCGCGGCAAGAGCUGCGCGCGCAUUCAGCCCGUCGCAUAGGAAAGCAUUUACAAUGCUUUUCUAUGGACGCUGGCGUGCUCUCACUGUGAAAAUCACAGUGAGAAGCACGCAAGCGCCUCUAGUGGCUGUCAGUGAGACAGCCACUAGAGGAUUAGGGGGAAGGCUUAACCCAUUCAUAAUUAUAGCAGUUUUUUUUUUUUUUUUUAAAUAAAAGAAAAUGCUAAAGGAAAUGCUGUAUACUUCAGGCUAGGCACACAUGUUGAAAAUGCUGUACCACUCUGAUAUAAUUAGGCUAAGAAGAUUAUCUAGACAUAUAGAUAGUGGUCCUUUAAACUAAUUAAACACUAGGACACUAAUUAUGAAAAAAAUGGGUUAACCCUAGAAGGACCUGGCACCCAGACCACUUCAUUAAGCUGAAGUGGUCAGGGUGCCUAGAGUGGUCCUUUAAGCAAAACCCACCCCCACAGCGGUAAAAAGAUUUUAAAAAUACCUUAUCCUCAGCACAGAGACACCCUCGGUGAUGCCUUUUGCGCCUCCUCCCACGAUGUAAUCUGGCUCUUAGAGGAGCAUUGAAGAGUGACUUGCAGUGAAGUUUCUACAAAACUGGGUUAAAAUUACGAGGCCACUGCACCCAGACCACUGUUAAUUUUGUCGAAUAACAAUUUCAGUCAGAUUUUAGUCAACUAAGAUUUUAGAGAUUUAGUCAACUAAAACUAGACUAAAACAUGAUGAUUAAAAUGUGAUUAAAACUAAAAUGGCUUUUUAGUCAAAAGACUAUGACUAAAACUAAAUUGAAAUUUGCCACUAAAAUUAAUACUGUCAUGUAAGACACAUGGGGGGCUGAGGGAAUGAGACCCAUGUGGGAGGGAGGAGAGGAAAUGAGACACAUGGGGGGCUGGGGCAUUUUAAUAUGGUGCUAUGUCACUGAUACUGUGCAGUUUGGUGAAUAUAAAUAUAUAAUUUUUUUUUACUAAUUACUUUUUAUAAUUGCCAUUCUUUUUGCAGGAUGCACAACCUCACUCAGGAUUAUUGCAAGCUUCUGUUAUUACCUUAUACACAAUGUUUGUCACUUGGUCUGCAAUGGCUAAUGUACCAGGUAAGUAAUUAGGUGGUAAUCUUGUGAAUGCUAAUAGAGGAUUCUCAGUGAAAAUAUUUAUAUACUGGGGAUAAUCAUACCUGCACUCCCAUGCUUUCCUUGUAGCUGCUGUUUGGUACAGUGAACCCACACAGUACCCUAUUCAUGUCUUUAAAGAGGCAGCUAUAACUAUGAUUUAUUCCUCUCUGUAGUGACCAAUACGAUCGUUCUGGGUAGACAGACAUGUGUGGCAUGGACUAUUCUUAAGGCUUGGAGGUCUAUAGUAAUAGACAGUUUUGUGGCCCAUAUUCAAAUGUAAAGUACACUGAUGUAUACAUAUAUUGUUAUUUUUAUUAUUUUAUUAUUUAUAUAGUGUCAGAAAAAUCACAUAUAUUGUAUAGUGUUGACUGUCAACAAUGUUCAGGAAUAGAUGUGACUCUGAAUUUUAAUUGCUGUAAAUGUUAUUAGUUCACCGGCAUUCUACUUAUGUAGGUCAUUUACUGAAUAGAUUGAAUUGACUUUCAAAAUCUACAACCGUAGUGUUGAAAUAAAAUACUGCUCCACAGUGGUAACAGUGAAUAAUGCAGAUAACCCUGAAUAGCAUCUAUAGAGAAAUUCUUACAUUAUUAAAGACGCCCAACUAAAAUGUAACUACUGGUUGUGCUUUUUUUUUUUAAAUGUUUUAAAUUUAAAAUAGUUUCAUUUAAUUGUACAGCCAGACACGAUUAGGAAGGAUCACACUAAGAAAUCCAAACCAUAAACUCUGCCUAACAGAAUAGACUAUAGUAUUUAUGGAAAACUGUGACCAAAGGACGGUUUUUCUAAACCAAUCCUAAUCAGAACGUGCUGUGAUAUUCAUUGAAACUAAUUUGAGAAAUAAUUCUCUGAAAAAGGAAGAAUCUGUUGUUAUUGGGUGUGCAUAGCAAGGGCCAACAUGGGCCAAAUAUACCUUAGAUACUUUAUUUUCCCUAAGUGUACCUACAAUAAUGGAACACUUUUAGCACCAUAACCACUACAGUGCAUUGUGUUGGUUAUGGUACCAAGAGUGUCCAGGCCCCCCCUCCAAUGUUUGUAGUCAGUUUGCUCAUAAAUUCACAAUUUACCUUGGUUCCCAAAUGGGCACUCCUAGCACCUAGCAGAUUACUGUUGUGGUUAGGAGUGUUUCUUUAAUCAAUUUUAGCUUUUAUAACCAAGCUAAGAUUUGUGCCAAGUUGUAACCUCAAUUAAUUAGUUUUUUUGGUGAAAACCCAAGGCUAAUUAAAUCUCUAGCACUGGUUAGAAUGUAUUUAAAAAGUGCAAAAUGCUUGCUUGCAAAAAGAGAUCACACAAGUACCCAUCAGCACCAUGCACCUAUUCCACCCAUGACUUCCAGAAAAAUACAGAGAAAUUCAUGGGGUUGCACUGUGUUAUAUGCAAGUACCUUACAAAAUGUAGAAAUACAAUACACAUCACACUUAUCUGUAAUGUUUAGAAGAAUUAAGAUGUAAAACUGGGAUUAUGAUUGAUUUUAAUUUAUUGUUUUUCCUUUGUCUUUUUAGAACAGGUUUGUAACCCAACCUUGCUGGCUAUUGUGAAUAAUAGUACUUCCUCUAACACUCCUGCUCAGUGGUGGGAUGCUCCAAGCAUUGUGGGUCUCGUUAUCUUCAUCCUGUGCACCCUUUUUAUUAGGUGAGUUGGCAAAGAAAGUUUAGUGUUCCACCACUCAGAGGACUAUGUGGGGGAGUAGCUUGUAUUUUACUUCCUUUUUGUCCUGUAUGUGUUGCCCUACAUUUGGUUAGUUUAGGACAGACAGCUCACAAUCAUCUCUUAUUUGUCUACAGCAAUUUACUAAUUUCCAUUGCACUACUUUCUUUAUGGCACUGAUAGAAGUAUUAAACUACAAGGCAAUACCUGCAAAGCAUCCCUUUUUGCAAGGCACAGUCCCACUUUAUAUCAAUUAAACACAUCUUAAUGUGUGUGCAAGAUGUAUUGAACCUAAUAAUGCUACCCAAAUAAACUGGUGCGUACACAUGUAUGAAGUGGGAUGUAAAGUGUAUCUUUCAUGGUACACACAAGAUAGGUUUAUUAUAAAGAGCAUUAAAUUCCACUUACUGGUGGCACAAACCGUCUAAUACUGUGGAUCAAGCGACAGGGAGAGCAAAAGAGCCUUCCUCCAGUUACAAUGCAGUUGCUCAUCAUGUUUUGGCAUUUUCAGUGAUAAUUACCCUUCUUGCAGAAGUGUCUCAAGGCAAGGGCAGUUGCAAGUGACUGGAUGGCAAUAGAGUGUGGGUGUUACAAUACUGUAACACCCACAGACACUCUUUAAAUGGUGGGACAUGACAGGUUCACUUUAAGCAUGUGUUUUAAGGUAAGAGGGGGCGUGGCCAACCACGAGACUGAACAGACGUGUUUCUGUAGAGCUCCUCUUCACCCAGAGAAUUAACCCCAAACACACAAAAAGAAACAAACGAAGCGGACCACCUACCACCUCACCCCCCCUCCCCUCCAGAGACAACAUGGGGCACAAGCACCGCAAGCCUCAGGGGCCAGGAACCCCCAACCACAGAGAUAUAAGGCUGGCAUUUGAGUGGCCUACACCGUCGGUGCCCCUCAAAAUGGCGCCCGCGGAGAACCUCCAGGAAGAAAUCUCGAAGGAAUCUCUGGAAGAAGAGGGAGAGGAACUUACCUCCUCGAGACAAGGCGACUCAGACUGGGCAGAUGACUCUGAUGGUGACUCGUCUCCAGCAACCAGAGGAGACAUAAAGCAAAUGCUCCUAGAGAUGCGCCAAAUAUAGAAGUCGGAUCUCCAGGAAAUCCGACGAGACAUGGGGGACAUGCGGAAAAAGUUCAAAGAAGUGGAGGUGAGAGACACACAGUGAGGGAAACCUGGCUGCAAGCCACCGAAACCAGCAUUGGCACUCUCACACUGCAGGUUCAAAAAUUGAACUGCACAGUGGCAUCCCUAGAGGCUUGACACAGGCGCCGCCACAUACGCCUGCGGGGCAUUCCCGAAGAGGUGAAGGGGGAACGGCUAUUAUCCUACAUCUAUAGGCCUCACAGGGGAAGCAGAUCCCGGUAUGGUAUUCAGAGUGAGAAAGGCAGCGACAGCUCCGGAGGCAGCCCCGAGAGACACUAUACUGGUAACAAGGGAUACUGCCGUCAGAACAGCCAGUAUGGCUCUUUCCAGAGAGUUAGGGGGCGUGAAACUUGAGCCUCCAUAACAUUCUUCAACCACAUCCCCUUUGCCGCACUGAUGGAAAGAAGAAAACUGGCUCCAAAAGCUAAAAAAUUGAGAGAGAAAUCAAUGCGGUACCGCUGGGGAGCAGACGGAGCACUGAUAGUAACAAAAGAAGAAAAUACCACCACACUCACCUCGGCUGAUGACCCUUAUACGCUACUCCAGAGCCUAGACAAAGAAGACACCUCACCUAGGGCGAGCAUGAGCAGUCGCACCGGGGAGGAGAAGCGGAGCACUGGGGAAGGCAAAGCGCAGACCAUGUCCAAGAUACACAGACUGGGAGUCCGCAAACUGUAAACACUGUUAACCCCUUAAGUACAUAUGACGUGUGACAUGUCAUGAUUCCCUUUUAUUCCAGAAGUUUGGUCCUGAAGGGGUUAAACCACACUCUAACAGUACGAGACAGCUGAGAUACACGUUAACUGCCCACACACAUACUCACUAGGUUACACCGAUGCCACACACGGUGACAUACAUCUCCCGAACACAGACCGAGGGACGGCAGAUGCCGAAAACUGUUACCCACAGAACUAACACCUACUUCUAACUGACACAUGGUGCACAUACCUAGAGUCCACACACAUCAGGCUAGUAUGCAAUGAGUCUGAUCCCAUGUUAUUUGGAAUAUGUCAUAUCCACUGCUGUUACUAUGUUAAUUUGAAAAACUGAUAUCCUGACGUGAAUAUCUGCUACUUUGCAUGAAAUUCAAUAAACAAAAUACAAAUUUAAAAACAAAACAAAAAAAAGUUGUAAAAUGUGUAGGCAUGAAAAAAAUUAAGCGUGAGUAUAUAAUUGUAAAUCUGUUUUUUUUUUUUGUUUUUUUUAAAUUUUAUGUCCUAAACCCUUGUACUAAGUGCUCCUCAUGCAACAUAGCUACUUCCACAAAUCCCUAUCCUGUUUUAAUAUGUAGUGUUACCUGGGCCGAUCCUGGGGUGCAAAAACAUGUUUGGUACCCCCCACCCCGUGGGUGUGGCUAUAUUGCUAACUCCUGCCCUUUACAAACAUAACACUAAUAAUGACACCUAUUUUCUAUGGAACUCCUUUUGUUUGUCUUUUUCCCCUUCCCCAGCCCCUCUGUGUCUCUCUGCCACCCCAAGUGCUGAUAUGUUCCUCUUUGUGCCCCCAGCCCCCCUGUGUGUAUGUGCCUCCAGCCCCCCGUGUGUAUGUGCCUCCAGCCCCCCUGUGUGUAUGUGCCUCAACCCCCCCUGUGUGUAUGUGCCUCCAGCCCCCCUGUGUGUAUGUGCCUCAGCCCCCCUGUGUGUAUGUGCCUCCAGCCCCCUGUGUGUAUGUGCCUCCAGCCCCGUGAUGUGUAUGUGCUCUGUGUAUGUGCCUCCAGCCCCGUGUGUAUGUGCCUCCAGCCCCCCCGUGUGUAUGUGCCUCCAGCCCCUGUAUGUGCCUCCAGCCCCCCCGUGUGUAUGUGCCCCCAUAUCUCCCCUCAGCCCCUCUUUGUGUGUCUUUGUCCCAUCUUAGCCCAUCUGUAUGCAGUUUUCCCCAGCAUCUCUGUGAGUCUCUUUAGUCCACUCCCCUCCUGUGCGCUUAUGUAGCCCGCCUUCCCUCCUGUGCGCUUAUGUAGCCCGCCUUCCCUCCUGUGCGCUUAUGUAGCCCGCUUUCCCUCCUGUGCCCUCUUUAGCUCCCUCCCCUCCUGUGCCCUCUUUAGCUCCCUCCCCUCCUGUGCUCUCUUUAGCUCCCUCCCCACCUGUGCCCUUACGUAGCCCCCUUCCCCUCCUGUGCCCUUACGUAGCCCCCUUCCCCUCCUGUGCCCUCUUUCACCUCCCUUCCCUUAUAUGCCCUUACAUAGCCCCCUUCCCCCAGGUGCCCUCUUUUGCCCCUCCCCUCCUCCUGGUAUACUGGUUCAUUUUUAACAUAAUUUCACUUUACGUGCUGCGAUCUACCAGUCAAAUGUCCUGAGAUUGACGGGUAGAUUGGGAUUGAUCAUUUAGCCACCACAUUAAUACUUUGCGCUGUACUGGCAAACAUCACUCCCAGCAUAAAGUCCUUGAAUGGAUGGACUAGCUGUGCCCAAAUUAUGUAAGUGGCAGGAUAAUGUACAGGUGCAUAACCUUUCAUUUAUACAUUUGCUAUAGAUGCAAUUUUAAAUAUGACAAGUACAGUUUAAACGCUAUUGUCCUCAGCCGUCAGAUCAUGUUUUCAUCAUAUUUCCUCUUCCUCAUUUAUUAAGGGUUGGGGGAUGAAACUAUUUUCAUUUAGUUUGGAUUUGGAAGAUCCACUUGUGUCUUCCAGUGCUUAGAACUGUUCCUCAGAACCCAUUUAUGACUCUGUCAUUUCUGUUCUAGCCUGCGCUCUUCAAACAACACCCAAGUCAACAAGCUGAUGCAGACUGAAGACGGCUCUGGAGAAAGUGGGGUUCCCAUCACUGAAGAUGGGAUGCACAGAGCAUAUGAUAAUGAAGAGGAUUCUGUGUCGUACAGUUACAGCUUUUUUCAUUUUUGCCUUUUCAUUGCCUCUCUAUACAUUAUGAUGACCCUAACCAACUGGUAUCUGUGAGUACCCAGCAUAUUGUAUUUUGUUGGUGUAUACAUAUACUGCAUACAGAAUACAGAUUGCAGUAUGCAAUUAGUACAUCAGGUAGCGGUUUGAUGGAGAAGCCACCACUGUUAAGGUUUAUUCACUGAAGUCUAAUUUGUCAGGAAUUCAAAGCAAAUUUGAAGUUUUAGGCCAAAAUAGUUAGUCUGGAAAUACAGAUUAUUGAAUAAUGACUUAGUAUUCAUUUUUAAUACCUGACAAUUUAUACUUCAGCAAUAACACAUGUUUUUGUUUGGGGGUGGAGGGAGAGAAAUUAACAUUACUCUGCUCAGAUACAAUUACUUUUAUAGUGUCAACAUAUUCUACAGUGCUGUACAACAGGCAAACAAGACAGACCAUUCUAACAACAUGUCUGAUAUACAGGAACAAUACGUGAAGAAGGCUCUGCCGAGACAAGCUUCCAUAAUUACCGCCUUUAGCUGCCUUUCUGUGGUUUACCUAUUGGGGUUCUCCCUUCUGUUAUACCACAUAUUAUGAGACUAUGUUUAUAUAGGUUUUUUUUACACAUUAUGAAAAGGAACAAUUAUACUAAAAAAAAAAACAAAAAAAACCCCUUUAUUUCCAAUAAAACUCCUCAGACUAGUCAUUUUAAUUUACAUGUGAGGUGUAUUUCAAAUCAUUUAGAACCUAAAUCAUUUUGUCCAGUUGUUAAUUAGUAUUCCUCUCUGAUAUAAACUAACAACCAGUCACAUUUUAUAGUUGGUGAAAGUGGAUAUUUUUACUGAUUACUUUGAAAAACUAUGGUAAAAGGAUUGAAUAAAGAUGAAACAAAUGAGUGGGUCUACAAAAACGUUUCAGUAAUUGGGAACAUGGUGUAGUAUUAAAAAUAAAAAAAUGCUGCCAAUUCUUUACAUAGCACCCAAGUCCAAAGUGCAAAAUACAGUGAGUGAAGGGCAUAAUAAAAUAAAUUUUUAUUUUUUAUUUAACAGUUUAUCUAGAGUGCUUGACAGUAUAUGCCAAAGUAACAUUGGUAAUCAUAAAGAUGUGUGUGGGGAUAUAUAAUUAGACAUACUGAUACAAAAGGAGAAGAUAACCUCCUCCUGUGGCCUUUUACCUCCUGCAACAUACCCUGUUUUCCCGAAAAUACACCCUACCCCGAAAAUAAGCCCUAGCUGGAUUAUCGGGGUGGGCUGCAAUAUAAGCCCUACCCCGAAAAUAAGACCUAGGCAGGGCCAGCAGCUGCCGGCCCUUUAAAUGCCACAGCCGACUGAGCGCUCUAUAGAGAGCUCUCAGACGGCUGCCGCACUGCCUCACCUCCCCUUCCCUGUAGCGUGGCCGAGCUCCUCUCUGGUCCGCGACCCGGCCGGACUGACAGGAAGUGCACACUGGGUGUGCACUUCCUGUCAGUCCGGCCGGGUUGCAGACCGGAGAGGAGCUCGGCCACGCUACAGGGAAGAGCAGGUGAGGAGAAGAUUGGAGGGGGGAGGGGGGAGUAUUACAGUAUAUUACAGGAGGGAGGAGGGGGGGAGAGUAUUACAGGGAGGGGGGAGAAUAUUACAGGGAGGGAGAGGGAGGGGGGGGAGAAUAUUACAGGGAGGGAGGGAGAAUAUUACAGGGAGGGGAGGAGAGAAUACAGGAGGGAGAGAGAGGGGGGAGAAUAUUACAGGGAGAGAGGGGGGGGAGAGUAUUGGCUGGAGGAAAGGGGAGUAUUACAGGGAGGGAGGGGGAGAGUAUUACAGGGAGGGAGGGAGGGGGGGAGAAUAUUACAGGGAGGGAGGGGGGGGGAGAGUAUUACAGGGAGGGAGGGGGGAGAGUAUUACAGGGAGGGGGGGGAGAGUAUUACAGGGAGGGGGAUAGUAUUACAGGGAGGGAGGGAGGGGAGAAUAUUACAGGGAGGGGGAGGUGAGGGUCUCUGGGGGGGUUACACAGCGCAGACACCAGCUGACAGACUGUCUCUAAGCCCUACCCUGAAAAUAAGCCCUAGUGUGUUUUUUGUGACUAAAAUUAAUAUAAGACCCGGUCUUAUUUUCGGAGAAACACGGUACUAUGCAAGAAAACCCAUGAGUUUACUAUAGCUCCACCUAUAGGCAUAAUGUGCAUCCCGAAAAAGGCUUCGGGGAGAAAAUACAAUUGUAAAAGUAACUGAAAUGUUAUAAUGAUCUCUAACUUGGGCUAUACUUGAAAACGUGCUAAAAUGUGUUCUUUCUGGUUAAAUAAUUAGUUUGAUAUGAAAAUAUGAUCAAAGCAAGAAAAGAAGAAAUAUGGGUAUAAAGAAAAGAAGAAGCUUUGUAAAUGCUGCAAAACACAUCUAGGAUUCCAAAAAUCCACAAAAGAAAUAGAUGCCAUUCCCAGGAGAUCUAAAUGUCCCCAACUGCACGUGGUUUGUGUGCAGUGGCUCUUUAGUUUUAAAGGGACUGGGUGCAGUGUCUUUAUUGCACUUAGUGCUGCAGUAAAAUUACAGUUCCAGAGAAAUUGCAUUGUUUACAUUGCAGCACUAAGUCUGCCUGGGCUCUUCAUGGCUGCUAACGGAUUUUUGGUCUGGUAACCGACGAUGGACAUCCACCAUCAGUUAUUUCCCCAUUGAAAAGCAUAUGGUGCAUCUAUUUAAAAAAUAAAAUAAAAAUAUAAAUAAAUAGUAUCUACAGUGUACCCCAAACUAUUCAGGUGCCCACACCUGUGCGGGUUUGAAAGGUGAGCUUUCACCUCCCUGGCUAAGAUUUUCAAGACUGAUGAAGCCAAUCCUGCAUCGGGAGGUUACUGUACAUACAGAGAAUCCCUAAUAGUAUUAUUAUUUAAAGUACGGUAUAUGGUGAAGUGCGCAUAGAUACAAUACUAAAUGAUAAAAUUGUCCACAUUCUAAACCAAAAAACAAAUUUGAUAUAUAGGUUUGUUACACCGCAAUUUAAGGGUUUCUCUUCAAAUGCCCCAUACAUAUUAUAGAGAAAAAAAGUGUAGCGCUUAUAAGAAGGUAAGGUUUACUUUAAACCCCUUCCCGACCGCGGACGUAUCAGAUACGUCCUACGAAAAAACGGUCCUUAAGGACCUCGGACGUACCUGAUACGUCCUCUGCUAUUUUGAGUGCUCUAAGCGACUCUGAUAGUAUUGCAGCGAUGCCUCAAUGUUGAGGCAUUGUGCAAUAAUGUUCAUUUCUGCCGGGCACCCGGAGAGCACCGGGGGGAGCGAUCACUUCCGGGUUGCUCCACGUGGCGCCCGGCAGUUAAGCAGAGCAUCGGAAGCCAUCGGGCAGGCUUCUGAUGCUCUGCAUGUGCUGAGUGCCUCGAGGGGCCGAGGCAUUCGGCGAAGAUAUGAUAAAUUAUAUGAUAGAUAGAUAUAGAUAUAUAUAUAUAUAUAUAUAUAUAUAUAUAUAUCCCCCUCCCCCAGCCAUGUGGCUCCCAAGAUGGCGCUGCCUUUCUAAAGGCUAGGGUCAUCUAAUUACAGCUUGCCCCAAUAACAAUUUUAUUCCAGGUAUGUUCCCCAUUUGUCUGAUCAGUGUGGAUCUCCCUCUCUUCACUUGUGUUUUAGUGAGCUAGGGGGAGAGAGCUGUGUUUUUAGCUAGAGAGAUUUAGGUAGGGAUUUGUAAAAUCUUGAGACCCAAAGGCUCUUUUCAGAGCCAUUAACAAAAUAACUAUAAUCACUGCAUUUUUUUAGGGGUUCAUAAUUUUUUUUUUUUGUGAGACCCAAAAGCUCUUUUCAGAGCUAUUAACCCCUGUCCUACCAAUGAUCACUGUAUAGAUCACAGGCUCUUGCACAGCAGCAUUAUUUUGCUGCCUGUGCAUUUAUUUUUAGGGGUUAAAUUUUGAAAAAAAAAAAUUGACAGAUCACUAAGAAAAGUGAUUGUGAUCAUGUCACAGGGAACACAGAUGCCUGUGACAUAUAGCGAUGAGCAGGCGUAUGCCAUCCUUGCACUAGAGUCUGACGCGUCUGUCAGACUCCGACCCUGAUUUUGACCCUGCCAGGUGCUCAGAUACAUUAUCACUAGAUACAGUGUCUGCUGCUAGUGAUGUAUCUAGUAAUGUUGUAUCUGUGCCUGCUAGUCCCCCUGCUGGAAGGAGACGUGCUGCUCCAGCUGUCAGAGCUUCUGAGGAGUGGGUAGUGCCUCAUCGCCAAAAUCCAGAUAUCCCCAUCCUUUACUGCAAAUCCUGGACUGGCAUCAAUUUGGAUGUCGCAGGAUAUAGCCCUCAGCUGUUUAUGGAGGUGUUUCUGGGCGAUAAUAUAUUGGGGAACAUUGUCGCCCAAACUAAUUUAUAUGCCGAUCAUAUGGGAACCAGUGGCAAGAUUGUCUGGGACCUGAUAUUCCCCCUGAUGAACAAAGGGUACCACUUGUAUACUGACAAUUUUUAUACAAGUGUCCCUUUGUUGAAGCUACUGUACUGUUUCAAUACAGUAGCUUGCGGUACAAUCAAAAAGAACAGCACAGGUUUCCCAGGACAACUUGCACGCACCCGGCUAUGAAGGGGGGAGACCUCAGCUUUGCGCCAAGAGGAGCUGUUGGCAGUUUAGUACAGAGACAAGAAGGAUGUGUACCUUCUUACCACCAUCCACACUGAGGGGACUGUGGAGGUCUCUGUACGUGGCAGAGCUGAGAGCACAAGGAAGCCAGUGUGCAUUAAGGCCUAUAACUGGCAUAUGGGUGGGGUUGAUCUGGCAGAUCAGCUGCUGCAGCCCUACCUAAUUAUACACAAGAGAAGGGCCUGGUACAAAAAGGUUGCAAUCUACCUAAUGCAGAUUGCAACCCACAACGCUUUUUUGUUGUUCAAAAAAACAAACCCCGGGAUGCAACUGAGUUUUUUACACUUUAAGCUUCAGAUCAUUUCGGGGAUUUUGUACCGUGAUGCACCUGCUCCCAGGGCGGUGAUGGGAGAGAGCAGAGUUGGUGGCUACACAUUUUAUUUUUAAAAUUCCCCCUACUGCGGCAAAGCAGAAUCCCCAAAAAAGAUGCAGAGUCUGUUUUAAGAGGGGGCAGAGAAAAGAUACUGUAUGUCACUGUCCUGAUUGGCCUGGACAGCCUGGACUCUGCAUUGGGGACUGCUUCAAACGAUGCCACACACUGGUCCAUUUUUUUUUUAUAUUUGCUGUUCAGUUAUUCUUUUGUUCAGUUUACCCUAUGCAUGGGUAUACUAAGGAGGCCUUGCAGAAAACAACCUGGAGUGUUUUCUUGCAAUAACCAACAACAGGCUCUCCUAAAUCACAGUAAAAAAGCAAUGUGUGUGUAAAAAUGAAAAUUUUAAAAUUACCACAACACAGUUUUUUGACUAAAAUGAUUGCAUCAAAGGCAUCAAAACACUCCAUAUACAAUACCGAGGGGUGUCAACUUUUCAAAUAUAUGCACGCUCAUGGCAAGAAAAUAAAUUGUGAUAUCUGAAAAGGCUCCCAAAAAGAAAAUAGGCAAAGAAGAUAUGUAAAAUUUGAAAAACUUGUGUCAGACGUUAGGCUUUGCACCCCCCAAACAACGUAAAAAAUAGGUUUGGUAUCACUGUACUCAAGAGAUGUUGCUGAACACAUAUUGGGGUGUUCUUUGGCAGUAGCACCUAAGAGGAGCUGAGAAUCCAUGCCUAAAGCUCGAAAAAGUGUUUUGUUUUUGUUUUUGUUUUACAUUUUUUCAUCAUAUUUUACUUUUUUUUUUCCUUCCUAGUAAGUUAUGAUAUGAUGAAAAUAAUGGUAUCUUUAGAAAGACCAUUCAAUGGCGAGAAAAAUUGUAUCUAAUAUGUGUGGGUACAGUAAAUGAGUUAGAGGAAAAUUACAGCUAAACACAAACACCGCAGAAAUGUAAAAAGAGCCCUGGUCCUUAACUGUAAGAAAAUUGAAAAACUGCCUGGUCACUAAGGGGUUAAAGAUGGGAAACAAGGUAUUAUUAAAUUUUGUGGUACUCCGGGUGCCUAGAAAUAUUAAUAUAACAUAGUGCAGAAUUGUAUAGAACAGAAGAUAUAUGAAAAUAAGGUAUAUGUACAAAACACUCACAAACAAGGAGCUAUAUAACCUAGCUGCGGUGUGGAUAGCCUCUAGGUCCGUUGAGGCGACCCACCCCUAUAGGGAAUAAAUGUCCACUCCUAAGGGAAGCAUACAAAACGAGAAAUAGAGUAGCACAGUUUCAAAUAGUAGUAAAAACUCUGGUGCCAAUUGUGUACUUACAAACAUGGAGCCCCUAUGGCUCUAUGGUAGAGUGUUAUGCAGUUUGGGACUGCACUCCCUCUUGCUGUAUAAGCAGGCUUGUGAAACCAGGAUCCAAGAUAAAACAACACAUCCACACCGGAGCUAGGUUAUAUAGCUCCUUGUAUAUAGCGCUACACUUUUUUUCUCCACUUCUUGUUGUGGCAUUUUGGAAAAGUUACAUUUUGGUGUUUAGCUUGCUAUUUAUCAUUUUUUUGUCUCUGGAAUACCCCAUUCAUUGUAUAAAUAAUACCUUUUUCUAAAGCGCUAGUACCGAUUACCUUUAUUCUUCUCCCAUACAUACUCUAAAUCAUUUCUUAAAGGAUAGAAAGGGCUUUCAUUUAACAUCAUAUAUUUAUAUCUAACACACGAUUACGUGUGAAUAAAAUUUUAAAAAUGGAGGGGAAAAAAACACAAAGCCUAAUUUUUUCACGUUGCAGCCGCCUGAGGCUCUUCACAGAGCGCUCGGGCGGCUGCAGCAUGGGGGGGGCGGGGGGCUGGCCAUGGCACCCCCCACCCGGCUGGCACCCGGGGCGGACCGCCCCCACCGCCCCCCCCUUAGUACGCCACUGUUCCUGACCCUAUAGUGUUAAAACCACCAUCUAGUCUCCCUGAGCCCCUCAUGCCUCCAUAAAUAUAGUAACAAUCUUACUGUAUUCAAGCCUCAAGCUUUAACUCUGCAUGCAACUCAGAAAAACAAGCAGUCUGCUGACAUCAUCAGAAGUGGUAGCCUGAUCCAAUCACAGUGCUUCCCCAUAGGAUUGGCUGAGACUGACAAGGAGGCAGAUCAGGGGCAGAGCCAGCAUGAUUCAAACACAGCCUGGCCAAUCAGCAUCUCCUCAUAGAGAUGACUUGAAUCAAUCUCUAUGAGGAAAGUCCAGUGUCUGCAUGCAGAGGGAGGAGAUACUGAAUGUUUGGAUGCAUUUUAGGUAGCCAUGACCCAGGAUCUCUAACAGCCAUCUAAGGAGUGGCCAGUGGAGUUAUCACUAGGCUGUAAUGUAGACACUGUAUUUUCUCUGAAUAAAAAAGCCUGACGGCAAUGAUUCUACUCACCAGAACAAAUUCAAUAAACUGUAGUUGUUCUGGUGACUAUAGUGUCCCUUUAAUAUGUUGAGGUUCUAAAUUAAUUUUUGAUAUUUAAUGCAAUACCAACCUCCACACUAGUGCCCCUUGCCUAAUGCUUACACUAACUCCAGUUGUAUGUCUAUCAUAAACUUACACUUAAAGGGACACUAUAGUCACCCAAACAACUACAGCUUAUUGUAUUUGUUAUGGUGAGUAGAAUCAUUUUCUUCAGGCCUUUUGCAGUAAACAUGGUCUUUUCAGAGAAAAUCCAAUGUUUACAUUACAGCCUAGAGAUUCCUCCACUGGCCACUCCUUAGAUGGGUGCUAGAGGUGCUUCCUGACAGUGUUACACAGUGUGCAGCACUGUCAUUCAGUGUCUUCACCCUCUGCGUGGAGACACUGAACUUUCCUCAUAGAGAUGCAUUGAUUAAAUGUAUGAGGAGAUGCUGAUUGGCAAUGGCUGUGUUUGGCUUGUGCUGGCUCUGACCCUGAUUGGCAUUGUGAUUGGCUCAGAAUACAACUUCUGACGAUGUAAGCCAAGCAGGCAGACCAGGGGCAGAGUCAGCAGCAGCAGACUGCAAUUAAAGGUAAGAUUUUGCUAUAUUUAGGGGGGCAAUGAGGAAGUUUGUGUUUCUGACCCUAUGGUGUUCCUUUAACUAAAACCCUACACUAUCUUGAACUGAAAAACAUUAAUCUUUGCCUUAGCCUAACCCUACCCCAACACGAAGUGUGACCUUAAACCUAACCCUCACUAACCCCUACCCUAAGGUAACCCACUGCUAAUGUUUAACUAUAUUUAACACAGUAGAUAGUGGUAUGUUGCCAUCAUCUACUUGCCAUUUUCAGAAUUACACUAAAUGCAAUUCUGAGUGAGCUUGGUUCCAAGCAGAUUAUAUAGAGAUCUGUGCUGGGAAGCUAUCCCCAUAUUGGCUGGGAGUCCAUGCCGGGGUUUAUUCAGAAUCUGGAGGGACUCCCCUGAGCAGCCUGUACCCUACUAAAAACAGUGUGAUCGCUUAGGCGUGGUUUUAUGCAGUGCUGACUUCCCUCAGUCUGGGUCUACUAAAAAUGGCCACACCACAAUCUCUCUAUAUUAAUUCUAAGCUUAUUUAAAAAGCCACCUGCAGUGCUGCUUUCCCGUCCUGCAAGCAGCUCAUCAAAAAGUCACAAAACUUGUCCCCAGCACAUUAAGGAGAGCCCAAAGUAUGCAUUGAUACCUAGGGUUAGUUCUGUAAGUAGGGAUUUAGCCCUGCUCACCAUGCAAUCAUUUAAAUAGACAUGUAAAUGAUUAUUUAAAGAGCAGUUUGCGGUGCUAGCUUUCAGUGCUGCAAACCGCUCAUCUAUAAGUCUGGUUCCGCAGUAGACAGAGGGGAGUUCAGGUAUUUAUUGAUACCUGCGGUUCCCUGGUGAGUUAUAACACUGCACACACCAAUUAUGCAGGGCGUUCUAUGCCACCUUACCAGCACCGUCUUAAUAUAGAUUGGACCCUGGGCAAGCAUUUGCUUGGGCUCCCUAGCCCCCUUUGCCCAUUAAUAACUAUCACAGUCACUGUGUCUGAGAGUGAGUAUCUUUGUUUUGAAAUUUAUGUCUCCGUGACCAUGUGUAUGUUUGUGUCUGGGGCCAUAUGUGUGUGGGGUAACUGUUUGCAAUGUAUUUUGUGUAUUGGGGGGCUGCCUGUGGCUCUUGUGCAUUGUUUAUGGUGCAGCUGUGUUUCAUGACUGUGUGUAUGAUUGUUUUCAGGGGGUGACACUGACAGGGAGGGAAACGGGGUAACUGUGGAAAGGUGAGUGUGACAGGGCCAGAGAGGUGAAUGAGACAGGGUUGGGCGGUGAGUGUGUCAGAGUGAGUGUCAAAGGGAUAGGGGUGGUCGUGACAUGGUUGGAGGAAGGAGUGUGACAGGGCGAGAGGAGGUGAGCGAGUGUGAUACGAUUAGGUGAGCUUUAUGUUACAGAGUGAGUGUGGCGUGGUUGAGGAGAUGAAUAUGACCGAAUUGGAGGGGUUAAUGUGAUAGAGUGAGUGUGGCAGAGCAAUGGGAGGUGAGUGUGGCAGAGAGAAAAAAGUGACAGUAUGUGUUUUGGGAUGACUGUGUGUGUGUGUGUGUAUGUGUGGGGGGGUUGGGGUGACAGGGGUGUAUUUGUGUGUAGUGUUGGCGUUGGAAUGCAAGUUCAGUGUUGGCAUUGGAAUGCAUGGGUGUAUGCACUGCCACACACACAGUUAUUCACACACAGACACACAGGUAAACAUAUACACAGACACACGGGUAAACAUACACAAACAGGUACAUAAAUACAUACACAAAUAGGUGCACAUACAACGGGUACAUAUACACUCUGACACACAGGUACACAUUGAUACAAAAGUACACAUACACUCUGACACACAGGUGCACAUACACAGACAUAGGCACACAGGUGCCUGACAUAUACACACAUAUAUGUGUAAACUCAUAUAAACAGGUACAUACAUAUACAAAUUACAAUUAACAUACUUUAGCCACCCUACUUACUUUUGAUGCAGAAGGGUGGCUUCCCUGGGGUCCAGUGGGAGCUGGCUGACCUAGGCUGAUGGGAGUCUGAGGCACCAGGCUUCCUCAGCUCCUCACCUGCUCUGCAUGUGGAGCCUUCUCCUCUUAUCUACACAGCACUCUUUCAGUUGGGAGGAAGUGACCUGUCCUGAACUUACUUCCUCCCAGAAGGCCGGUAGAACAAAGUGAAAGGGGCCCGGUCUGGGGGAAUUUUUACAAGCUGCCCCUUGUUAAAGACGGCCCUGCACCUUACAGACUUUAGAGACCACUUCAUGUAAGACAGCAUAGAAUGUCCAAAUAGCGUUAAGGGGUUACCACUGAAUGGAAGAACACCAACAGGGGACACUAUAACCUCUUAUGAGAUGACGCAGUUACAGUGUACCUUUAAAUGGUGUGUGGUGCAAAAAAAGCAAUUUCUAUUUUAAUGCAGUUUUUUGAGAUGCAUUACCUUUAUUUUUUAUAUAUGUGGGGUUACAUCGUACGUGAAAUCGGAUUUUCUAAUUGAAAUCAAAAAGGGCACAAGGGACACAAGCAGAAGUCCAUUUAAAGGACCACUAUAGUGCCAGGAAAACAUACUUGUUAAGCUGAAGUGGUCUGGGCGCCUAUAGUGGUCCUUUAACCAGUGAAAACGAGUAUGAAAGGCUGUGUCAGGAUUACUAAGGGAUCCAGCACGCAGAAUAAUAUCACACCUAGGACUAAGGAUAACUUAUAACCGGACCUUAGAAUGGCCGGACUUAACAUAUCCAAGAAUAGUCAGAAUACUUGCCGAGGUCAGGGAUUCUUUUGAUGAGUCUUUGCUUAUCUAUAAGCAAAAUGUUAAACUGUUUAAUUCCUGAAGGACUGACUUGGCUGAAAUAUACUUGUUAAUGAGUAAAUAUACACAUUUUUUUUCUUUUUUUUUUUUCAGGCCUGGCCAGUCUGGUCAACCAUUGACCAGUCCUUGGUCAGCAGUGUGGGUGAAGAUCGCCUCCAGUUGGGUUGGACUCCUUCUUUACUUGUGGACUCUUAUUGCCCCUUUGGUACUAUCUGACAGAGAAUUCAACUAAAUGUGGGAUCUUCAAAUUAUAUCUCUGGAACUUUUGUCUGCCCUUAUUUAGUGUUCUCUCCUAGCAUUGUUGAUCAAGUCUGUUAAGAUGCAAAAUGGUAAUCGGACUUCAAUUUAAUAUGCAAUAUACGUUGGACUCUAAAUAGUAAGGAAAUUGCACGCAAGAUCAAUGCAGAUUGUAAGUACUGCAGAGAAAAGGAAAAGCAUGUGCUUUAUGAUCAGAAAUAUAUCCACUUGUAAUUUUUUCCUCCUGUUUUUUAAAAUGCAUAAAUUGUAAUUAUGUUUGAUGUCAUGGUCUUUAAAAAUUGGUCUUUAUUUGUAGGUCAACUUCAUGCUUGUAAAUAACUGUACAAUUUUCUAUUUGUUUAUCACAUACUUAUUUAAAUUUAGUAUUUUCCAUUUUUUAGGAAGCAAAGUGCUGUCCGGUACCUUUGUGUGCCUUCCUCAGUGCUUCAAUGGGUCUGAAUCUUGAAACCUACAUCUACUUUCUGUGCUGAGAUUUAUUAUUUUAAUUACACCGCACAGUAUACAAUAGUUUUUUGGGGGGGUUUUUGGUGCCGGGGGCAAAUUUGAAUGUGUUUUCUAUAUUCUAGUACAGUAAGACCUACUCUAAUAAGAAUUUACAUUUAUCACUACACUUUAAAAUGUUUCCAUUUUUUUGUCAGAAGUACAUUUUUCUGCAAGAACAGAAAGUAAUCCAUCCCUUUAAUAGAAAUACAACAAAAUCUCAAUAUAGUAAGAAAAGCAAUUCGAAUAUAAGGGUCUGGAUAGGAAUACAGAGUUUUUUUUUUACAUGGGGAAAAAAGGGGGAAUACACAUUUUAACCUUUACCAGUCAGGUUAUUGACUAUAGUGUAAGCUGUCAGGAUUUCAAAGUGUAUUUCAAGUUUUAGCCAAAAUGGACACAUUCGAAAAGUGAUUUAUAGAUUGGCUGUUUUGACCUAAAUUUUGAAAAUCACUAUGCCACUUUUUGUUAAUGAAUAACAUUGUCAGUAUACUAGUCUGUUUUCAGUCAAGGAAUUGGAACAGUUCUGUUUGUUGAGAGGCAUGGGGCAGGCCUAGUGGUCAGAGGAGUGUUUACAGUUUUCAAAAUGUUCAGGAGGUUUUUAACCCAUCUAAGACAGGUUCUUAGGCAAACCGCAUUUCUGUUAUGCCUUAACUGAACCGUUACCUGCUGUAAAGAUAUAUGUACUAAUAGAUCUGUGCUUCUAUUUUCUCUGUUGUAUAAAGAUUUCUAGCAUGCUUCUGACCUCCUUGAAUGCCAGAUAAAUACAAAAUAUAUAUAUUUUUAAACUAAUUGCAAACUGUUGAUUGCUGUGCUGAAAGGAGAAGGCUAUUUAAGAUGUGUCAAGCAUGUGCACUGAAUAAUAACUAUUUUCAAACCUAGUAUUUAAAAAAAAAGGGGAAAGAAAACCCAUAAAAUUUAAAGGGACACUAUAGUCACCUGAACAACUUUAGCUUAAUGAAGCAGUUUUGGUGUAUAGAACAUGCCCCUGCAGCCUCACUGCUCAAUCAUCUGCCAUUUAGGAGUUAAAUCCCUUUGUUUAUGAACCCUAGUCACACCUCCCUGCAUGUGACUUGCACAGCCUUCCAUAAACACUUCCUGUAAAGAGAGCCCUAUUUAGGCUUUCUUUAUUGCAAGUUCUGUUUAAUUAAGAUUUUCUUAUCCCCUGCUAUGUUAAUAGCUUGCUAGACCCUGCAAGAGCCUCCUGUAUGUGAUUAAAGUUCAAUUUAGAGAUGGAGAUACAAUUAUUUAAGGUAAAUUACAUCUGUUUGAAAGUGAAACCAGUUUUUUGUUUUUUUUCAUGCAGGCUCUGUCAAUCAUAGCCAGGGGAGGUGUGGCUAGGGCUGCAUAAACAGAAACAAAGUGAUUUAACUCCUAAAUGACAGUGAAUUGAGCAGUGAAAUUGCAGGGGAAUGAUCUAUACACUAAAACUGCUUUAUUUAGCUAAAGUAAUUUAGGUGACUAUAGUGUUCAUUUAACCAAUUAACAUUGAUAUCAUCGUAUUGCUUGCAGUAACUUACAACUUCAAUAAAGGUUUGCUUUUCUUUUCAGUGGCAAAGAUCCAAGGGAUUUGUAGUUGGUAAACCGCUAAAUGCCUAGUAACUGAAAACCUAGGAUCUAGGUUAUAUUUAUUUUUUUUCUGGUGAGAGAUAUAGUUGGCAGUGUUACAGCCUUCUGUAAUCACCUGUACAAGAACAUGUAUAUAUGUAUAAGUGCCUUCUUAAAAGUGCCUAUUGCUUGUGCUCUCUGUUAUUACAAGGGCUUGAAAUUCUCUGUGUGCCUUUAUAUACUCAGGAGAACAUAAAUGACAUUUGUUACAUGUAAUAUUUUGUAAUAUAUUUUUACUAUGUGUUACAUGCAAUCUGAUAAUGCCUGUUAAGUGAAAAAUAAAGUGAUUUAAAUUUAAAGUUGGACUGCAUACUUAUUCUCCAGUAUCCCUACAUUAAUGGUUGCCCUUAUUUUUCUCUAAUUAAAAAAACA